AUGUCGUCGCAAAGCAAGGAAGUCUGCAAAGAUGUUUGGAUGGAGGUGAUUGCCAUGGGCGUUUAUCUGGGUGAUAACCUUUCAAAUACUUUCCCUUGUAAGUCCUCGUGAAUACUAUGAAUUAAUUUGGCUAAUUGAAACAUGAUGUUGAUGUUCAACUGUCAGUUCUUCGUUGACAACUAUUCUUAAAGUUGAAUUUGAGAAUAAAUGAAUAUUCGUUUCCCUUAUAUAUUUCUGUAGGGAAUGGAAGUAUUUUUUUUCAAAAAUCAGAUAUUUGAUUAGGGUGAGUCAAAUUUAUAUAAAUGCACGUUCUUUGAGUGUAUUUUUAGGAUGGUGCAUUUAGUAGUAAACAUCUUGAUGUGUGCUACGUAGCUAUAAAUUUAUAGUUUCCUUGUAAAGCCCCUUAAGGCACUCUCAACUCCUUGCAUAUACGCCCCGCUCCGCCCUCUCUCGAGGCCUCUCUCGGCCCACAAGUUGUGGCCAGGUGUUGGCAGAGCACUUAAUGUAGGCAUCGUGUGCUGGCAGGCUAGUGCUGGAUAAUGUACUUUCCUUAAAUUUUCCGUCAUGAUAAUUUCCCUUGUCACGAGUAUCUUUUUGUCAACGAUAGAUAACAACGGACAAAUAUCAAGUUGCCCAUCUGACAGCCCUAUACCCGGUUUUAACUGCUGUGAUCAACUGCUUGAAUCCGCUCUUCAGAAAAAAUCCAUUGAAGAAGUAAAUUAUAGUGUCCGAGCGUACUUGAAAAUCUGGCCAAAUGAAUUACAAAAGCUAAUAGAACUGGUUACAAGUAAGUUGGUACUUUCAGUAUUGUAGCAUCUUGAUUAUUGAAAUGUACUGGCAUUUACAAAGACAAUCCAAGUAAAUAAAUAAUUGCCUAUUUCUAAACGGUAUGUAAGUAUGAGUACAUAUUUUCAACAUCAUUUUUGAGUAUUAUGACAGUUAAGAUAAAGCAAAAUAUAACAUGGCAUUUCUUUUUGAAGUUACGCUGAAAUCCAUAGGCUGUUUUGACGAAGAAAUAUGGAAGAUCUAAAAAAGAACACAUCGUGAGCUGUUAAGGUUUUUAACUAUUAACCUUAUUUUACAUAAUAUUAUGCUGUCAACUGCCUGCUAACCUCCCAGCCAUUCCACCAGUUACUAUUUUUUCAUCGAUUGAUAUCCUGGGCAUUUGACUUCGAAGGUUAUUUAUCAGAAAGUCAGCAUACAACGAGGAGAACUAUCGCAUUAUUUUUAUGAUCAGUAUUGGUUAUGCAAUUUGCCUCUUUUCUAAUCGAAACAUUGACAAACAUUAAAAUUGCUUUAUGAAAUAAGGUUCUUAUUAAAUGCGCAGCCGUUUCUAUGAGUGAGAGAUGAAAGUCCUUAUUGUCGUGAACUUCACGGUCAAAUGAAAUUAUCGGUUACCCAGACUCUUAGUUAUCUAAUUUAAAGGUGAGAUGUAUCAAAAUUAGCCUUUUAUUGCUUAAGUAUAACAAAGAUACAGAAAUCGAUGAGAAAAAUUUCGCAGCAUGAAUAUACACAUCCCUCUUACAGAAAAAGCAAACUGGAUCGGAUCUGAAUCAGAGCCAAGUCGAGCUGUCAGGUACGUCCGAUCGGACGCAAAUCAUUAUGAAUAUUCGAAACCCCUUUUUUCAUGCGAACGGCAGUCUGCUUAUACUCGUUAUAAGUAAGUGUUGCCCCGGUAUUGGCGUCUGCACAUGGUGGCAAGUCCAGAAAUUUAAUUUAAAACACACACUUAAAUAAAAUUCAAAAUAAGAUGUCAUUGUUAAGUGGACGGUCUCGGUUCAUUGUCGCAAUUUGGAGGAUACGCAAGUGAGGAGACCAGUCAUUAACCGAAGGAAUUCUUUCGCAUGCCACUGCUAUUGGGACUAUAGGCCUAAAACUUCGUAGUGACUGGGAGACUCGUGUUAAAUUAACAUUUAGUCAGAAAAUUUUGAGAUCAUCAAAAUACACACUGCAGGAAUUCUAACUCCACUAGAAACUGCAGCAACCGCACUUCGAACAAGGUAAAUCCUACUAUUUGCCAGAAAUUAAAGUUGCAUAAGAAGUAUAUUCAGCGAUUUGGCUGGUGACUUCUGCAUUUUACGCCUAGAUAGUAAAUACUAAAAGAUUUUGUGCUACCUUAACAUUUUGCGACUUUGGGACUCAGUUUUAAAGCUUUUGACUUACAUGUCUGAUCCGAACUACGGGUAUUGCACUUUUUUAGCCUCUUUACAACACCUUUUGAUUACUGACUGACUGUGGACUGUGAAAAUUCUUGUGUCAAUGAAGUUGAUAGCAUCAUUCAGCUUCUGAAUUAGAAAGGCAGUGAAUAAACACCGUGACUCGCCCAUGUGGUUAAAGAAUUAUCAUGCAAUGCCGGGAAUCCUGGGUAAAUUGCUGAAUUGCAUGCUAAGCAGUGGAUUGGAGCAAUAUUGUUAACUUUACAAGCCACAUUCGUAAAUGCAGAUAUAUGACGUUUCAUGAACGGCCAUUAAACGGUAUUAAAAAAUCUCACAAUUACAAAAUUUUUUAAAACCGAAUUAAAUUUUUUUUAUGUAUGAAAUUGAAAGAAAACGUGAUUUUCUACCGAAUACGUACAAGAAUGAAUAUUUUAAUGCAUGUUUGCCAUGAAAUUGAAUUUUCAAGGGCAUCGAAAAUCAAUGAGAAAAUUGCAUGCUACUUAAGUAGUCAUUUUUUGCAGAAUAUUGAUCUUGCAAAGAAGCCGAAAAUAAGUUCUUUCGAGAGCCGACACCCUGAGGUAACUGGAUCAUUAUAGAUUUAUGCUGUAUCAUAAUUAGUUUUACAACACUACUUAAUUUAUCUUUUCGAAACGAGAACGCAUUUCGAAAUGUUGGUUGACAUUUCAUGAGUUAGCACAUCUACUCUAUGUGACAUGUUACAGGUUUGCAAAGUUUGGACCGCUACGCUGCACGCCUUUACGAUUGCGCUGAUUUACUUUUAAUGAGGAGCAUACGCUGGAACAAGAAGAUUUUUCCACCAUGAAAGAACUUUCCAUGACUUGAAGAUCUGCAAAAAUUUCGAAACAUCAGAGAACAUACCUUAAUCUCGCGGAGUAAGAGACAAGAAGCCUUCACAAGCAUUUUAAAUGAUUGGGAAAUUUGAUGUUCUAAAACAUCUGAAGGCCCGCGCAUAUGAAUGGCUCCCACCCUUUGUCCAGUAAAAAGCAUUUUCUUGCGUCCUAACAGCAUGGUGGAUCUCGUGAAGGAAAACAGCGUUCACACUGCAGGCACUCAUAAUUCGCACAAGUAAUUUGAGCAAGCUUGUGUAUCGUGUAAUACGUUGAAUGGUGGUAAAAGGGAUUUUACGGAUGGGAGAGAACGGAGGGCAAGAAGACACAGAAAAUAGAUAAAUUUCUGCCGAAAGUCUUAUCCUACACUGCCAUUUGACAAAUAAAGGGAGUGCAAUAGUCAAAAAAUAAACGAAGAGUAAUUUAAAAAAUAACGGACUUUGAAUAAAGCACCGCUGGUACGUUCAAACAGUGGGAACGGCAAAUAAUAAGUGAAAUUUACAGUCACACUGAAUUUUAAGAUAUAUUUUUGUAGUUGGCAUCUACGUGUUAGUCCCAAACCCUAUCGUUACCCCAUAUUUUAGUGCUAUCUCAUUCUCCGGAAGUUUAAUUUCUCCGUCAGGCGAUUUUGGUCUAGAGGAAGAAUGUUUAGCGGUAGUCCAAAGCAAACGCACAAUGACUUUACAAGCAGUUGGUAUUUACGUCCAGUGCCCCAAGUUGCUAAGGGUUUGGUUAAUAAGACUGUUUUUAAAUCGGACUCAAAGGUGACGACAAGGUGCGGAUCUUUUGUCCUCUAACAACCGAUCUUCAGAGUACUAUUUCAAAAUAAAAACUUAGUUCUCAUCAUGAAAGAGCCUGGAGGCUUAAUUUUAGGCGAGCAGGUUCUUUGAGCUUGAUGACGCCCAUUUGAUCCCAAAAGCAUACAUUAUCGUCAGGGAGUCAGCAAAAACACAAGUCAGAAAGAUGAAAGUGUGCACUGUAUCUGUUGAUAUUAUAGUUUACUGUUCCGCUCAGCAAGUGUCUUCUUUAAAUCAAUAAACUUUUUAACUGCGGGUCAACAGGAGAGCCUGUUGGUAGGAUUUUAGAUUUUUGAACGCCAAAAACUUACGAAUUACAAAAAGCGCCCUGGAUCUGAGUGAGCGUGACCUUUGUGUAGAGAACCCCUUGUGAUACAGUCCUUGGAAUGGACAUGCUGCAAUUUUUCAAUGUUUUCUAAAAAGAAAAUUAUUUGGCCUUCAAAAGCUACUUCUAGAGCCCAGCACAGCAAUCAUGAUGGCUUAGGUGUCAGCGUUAGGAGCUCAGAGACAUGCUACACAAAACAGAGUAGGUGAAGUGAAAACGAGUAUUAUUUGUGAGCAUGUUUGAUGAACCGCAACGUGUAUCAGGUGGCGUAGCUUAUGAAGUUUUUUGAAUUUCGCAAGAAAGUCCCUGUAAUACAAAAUCCACCCACCCAAGGUACACCUAAAUUUUACAAGAUUUAAAGUUAUGGCAAAGUUUCGGAUUGUUGGCUGUUAUAUGAAAGCUGAAAAAACGGUUUUGGCAGAGCACGCAGGUGUGCGCUCUGCUCCAGAAACGUAAAACAGUUUAAGAACGACGUUUUCUUACUAGUAAAAAAGCUAACUUCAGGAGCCAUUCGCGAAGAAGGAGAUAUGAUCGUAGUAACAACAGCUCCAUUAGUCUGACGUUUCGAAUUCUCACACAAAUCCAUACUCGGGGACAGAAUGGGGAAAGGGUGGUGGGUCGCACGGGUGUUGCUGCGCUGCGGCAUGCCUAUCAAAUCUGGCACUUUCCGAAAGCAUCGCUGGAAGCUGCACAUGGCGCGAUAAUUGACUGGUCGGACAAGUGUUUCAGCAUGCAGUUGCUAUGCGCCCGCCCACUCGCCUGCCUGCCUGUCAAAGUUGUCGGUCACCGCACUUAUCGCAGAUGGUGUACGAGUUGUGGUAACCUGCUAAAUGCCCGAGUUUUAUCCCCUGUGGAGGUGCCUGGAUAAUAUGGGUCGCUGACACUGGCACCAGGAAUAGUGGUUAUCUGCGCACUCUCUGCAUGGCCAAGUGUUUUGUCUAGACAAAUUUAGCGCAAAGUAUAGGAGACUACUCUGGACGCGGAUGCCUGAGCACGCGGCAGCAGUGGGAAGUAAUGAAACCGGCUCCCAAUUUGCUGCUCAUUCACUGGGACGCGACUCUACACUCAAGUUCGAUGAGGUCAAAGGUCUCGUGAAGGAUGAUAACUGGGAGAACCGCGAACUGCUCGAAUCAUGUCUUUCCGAUCAUCAGUCGACUCACAAACACAAUGGCCUCCCCGCUCCCUAUUCAUCAAGGGGGCUUUGUCUGGAAAAACUGGUUAAGAACGUGGAGAACGCGCGGAUAACCACUGCUUAUGGCACCAGGGUCGACGAACAAGAUUGUCCAAGAAAGUCCCCAAGGAUGACGAAAUUCCGGCAAUUAGAAACUAGACUGCGAGCCAUUGGGAGAUAAUCAUACCACAUACAACCGUCCGCGAUGAAUGCUGAAGCCGAUAACUCUGUCAGGCGUGUGGGCGCAUAGCAGUCAGACAAUUGUCACAGUACGUACAACUUUCCGUGAUACAUUUGGAAGCUGUCAAUUUGAAUGGCAUGCAAUGGCAAAGCAGUUAAAUCUUAUAAAUGCUGCAACCCCUGCGCGAUUCACCGCCAUUCCCCGUAUCGCAGGUGACCUUAAGACAUAGUUCAAAGAAAUGGGGGUGUAUAUACAUCCGUAUCCGGAUUUGUUCAAACAAAAAUCAGGAUUUCAGGUAGAAGCCUCAAGUAUACUCCGAAAAGGGUCUUUUGCAAGUCAAUUUCAAAUUGCCUUGUCCAUUUUUUACUUAUGUUCGAAUAAAACACCAACGAAUGCUCUCUGCGAAUGACCUUAACAGUCAUAUAAUGAUUCUUGUGGAGUCCAAUUAAUAAUAACGUCUUUUUACUUACCUAUGAGCUGCUUUGGUCAUCCAAGCUCACUUCUUAACAUCGUUCUGUCGUUGACAGUUCGCAACGGACGGACCUCAUAAAAAUUGGAAAUACCUGCGAGCAACCCAGUCGACAGUACUUUGGCCGGUACUUUCUGUGUCCUUUCGUAAUCGACUGUGGACAGAAAUUGUUUCGAAUAGCACAAAACGAUAGAGAAAAGUGGUAUCAUGUCAAGAGCACGCCAUCGAUGUUUUAUUACGCACCGCGACUGAAAAUUGAGUUAAACAAACUAUUGUAAGACAACUUAACGUCUGUGACUUAUGGCAAAAUAUACAACGGAUUUGCCAAUCGAAUUUCUUCAAACUGAAUCCGCUCUCAUUUCUCAAAACAGAGCGAAUUUUAAUAUUCGGCCCCACUUGACUUUCAUGGGUGCCAAAUCCGAUUUCCCAUCGCCUGGAAGGAUUUAGCGUAUACUGACCUUUCUAACGCAGACGCAAAAACAGGCGGUCUUGCACUAGGAUGCUCAACGGGAUAGAAAAUAACGUCCAUUCCAACAAAUGUCAACACAAAAGUGAUGUCUAACAAAUGUUUGCUCCAAGAAACGCCGUAUGUGUCCCAAAUUAAUUCGGUGAGUAGAAAUUGUACGACAGAUGUGCUAACUCUUGAAAUGUUAACCGAAAUUCCAGAACGCGUUUUCGACUCAAAAAUAUUACUUAAGCAGGGUCACAAAAUUAAUCAUCCUGCAGCAUAAUUCUAGGAUAAAUCAGUUACCUCGAGAUGCCGGCUUUCGAAAGGACUUCUUUCUGGCCGACCACAAGAAUUAUGUUCUGCAAAAAAGUCUGCUUAAUUAGUAUGAAUUUUAAAUGCCCUUAUAAAUCCAAAUAUAUUUGAUCGAAAACACGCGCAAAAUGUUUAUUUCCUUACUCAUUUGGACAAAACCUACAUCCCCUUUCGAUUGAGCGAAGGGUAUAAUUCGGUUUUUAAAAAGGUUUCCAAUUAUGAGAUUUCUUAAUACCGAGAAAGGCCCGUUCAUAAAACAUCGUGUCUCUGCAUUUACUAUAGUUGCCUGUAAAGUUUACAACAUUGCCCAAAUUAACUGCCAAAUUUUAUAAACAUCAUACGGUUUCAUCUUAAUGCCGUAUAGAAAUGUAUGAACUUCCGUACACGGAAACUAUAUGACUUAAAGUUUAAAGUCCCCGAAUGCAAGCGUAACGGCAGGUCGGGUUCAAAAUUGUUUGGAAAUCGAAAAAGUUUCUUAAAAUCGAAGAAUACCCUUCCUUCAAGUAUAAGAUUUGAAGGGAGCGUAAUUUCUCACCAGAUGAUUGAUAGAAUAAAUAUUUUAUUCAUGUUUUCUAUGAAAUAUAUUUUAAUUUAGAAGGGCAUCGAAAAUCCACGAGAAAAGUUCAUACUAAUUAAGCAACCAUUUUUUAAAGACUGCAGUUCUUGCAGUCGACCGAAAGGAAGUUCGUUCAAACGUCGGCAUCCUGAAGUAAAUGAAUUGUUAUAUGACUAUUCCGCACGAUAGUUAUUAUUACAAUCCUAUUUAAGUAAUCUUUUGGGUCAAAGGCGCAUUUCAGAAUUUCGGUUAACACUGCCUGAGCUAGCACAUCGACUCUAGCUCCGAAGUGCGGAUAGUGCCCAUUGAAAUUCCAUAUAGAAAGUUUUGACUUUCGUUGUCAGCAAAAGCAAUUCGAGGCGUGUUUUGCUGGCGGAAAUUCAGAGCUCCUCAGUCCGAAUGCCCUUCUAGAUUUUGGCCACUUUUGUAUUAGACAACACUGUAGGCUAGAGUACAGGCCAGUUGACUUCCUGUCAAGAAAUAUACACUUCGUGGUACCAGAUAUGUUAAGUUCCCCCCGUUCUUGGGGCAGACCCAACCAACUUUGGGAAAGAGAUAUGAAACAAUUUUCAAACUGGCCGAUUUCCAGACAUUUGGAGACGAAAAAUCAGCAGUCAAACACACAGCUGUAAACCAGAAACUCUCAGGCAAGUUGGCGUUGCGGUCGAUUUGAACGUUGUCAAGUAGCCUACCAAAUAGGUGUUCGCGGUGAUUCUUGAUUUUAUUUGCAGAAAACAGUUAUGAAAUGGCGCGUUAAGUAAAACUUUUAGUGGUCCAACUAGUUCAUAAAGUGUAGAACAUGUUGACUUUAAUGUGCUGAACAAUGGCCAAAGCAUUUAAUCCCGGAUUGCACGCUCCAUUGUCCACUGACCUGGCGUCAAGGAGUCUACUUAGCAGCGUGGCUUCGCCAAAAAGAGGUCUGGAAGAUUUCAAAACGCAGGCAAAUUCUUCGCAGAAAAAAGAUGUAAUCUCGGACGGAAAUUGCAUACUAUACUUUAUAUAUAAUAAAAGGUACAGUAGGUGGGCUAACUCAUUAAAUGUCAACCGUAAUUCCAAAAUGCGAUUUAGUUCCGAAAAGAAAGGAAGGUUAUUAGUCGGUUUAAAUGAAAUGUCCAUCUGUGAGGUUAUUUAAUACCGUGAAAUGGCCGUUCAUAAAGCGCCAUGUCUCUGCAUUCAGUCAAAGAAAUGCUAUGAUUUGGUUUUCAAAAACUUUUCCGAUUCCCCAACUGCCGUUACACUUGCAUUCAGGUCUUCCAAACUACGAGCCGUAUAUUUUCCGCUUGCGGAAAUCCAUAAAUUUCUCUCUGGUAUUAAGACAAGACUAUAAGGGGUUCAUAAAAUUUAGCAGUGGAUUUGAGCCGUAUUGUUAACUUUACAACACACAUUAGUAAAUGAAUAGACAUGGCGCUUUAUGAACGGUCACUUCACGGUAUUAAAUAACCUCACAAAUGGACAUUUCAUUGAAACCGAAUAAUACCCUUUCUUUGAGUAUAAUAUUGAAAUAAGACAUACUUUUCUACCGAAUGAGUGGAAGACUGAAUAGUUUUAUGCAUGUCUUCCAUGAAAUAUAACUGACUUUUUAAGGGCAUCGAAAACCAAUGAGAAAAAUGCAUGCCACAUACGUAGUCAUUUUUUACAGAGUGUAGUUUUUGCAUGCGGCUGAAAAGACGUUCGUUUGAAAGCCGGCAUCCUGUGAUGACUGAAUUAUUAUAUAAUUUUGUUGCAAGGUAAUUAGUUUUACAACCCUACUUAAUUAUUCUUUUCAAAACGAAAACGCAUAUCGGGAUUUCAGUUGACAUUUCAUGGAUUAGCCCACCUACUGUACAUUAUAUUCAAGAGAUCCAAAGGCCAUUUUUGCCAGGCGUUUAAUAAUCGCCAGGCUCGGAGAGAAACUUGCAUCCGACACGGCAGUUGACAAGAUGAGGAGAAUAGUGCACUGGCCAGGUCAUCCUGCAGUUUUAUCAGUUAAAUCACAAAACAGGGUCCUGUUCAAACGCUGCAAAUUACUUCUAAUUGCCACAGCAGUGAUCUCUAAUAUGCGAUAUAUCAAGCACACAUUUCCAUCUUAUCAGACCAUCAUGAAUUUGCAGCUCGAACAUUAGCUAAAUCAGUACUUUUUGGUAGGCCUGAUCUAACUCUCCCUGCCAACAUUCCGGUACUUACUACCCACCCCAGUCUGCGGAUUUUUGAGCAUGUAAGAGAGCGAAUUUGCAAACAUUUUUGAAAUUUCUACCAUAUACUGAAAAACGUGAAAAAACACAUUGAUUACUUCAACUUCUCCGGCGACAAAAACGUCAGAAUGCCGCACAAAGUGCAGAAUUUCCACCAAGUCAGAUAAAAAGUGUACUGCAAAAUGUUGGUCCUCUAAUGGAAAAAUUUAAGCAAUCAAGAACCUCCUUAAACGGAGUACACGUAAUUAAAGUAACGCAAAUCCCAACUCAUGCAUGCUUUUAGAUGUUCGAUUCCAUUCCCCAACGGUCAGGAGUUAUUUUUCUGAGAUAUUGUUACUGAAAUUUAACCCCUUUUUUAAAAGCGGAUAUCGUAGACUUCGGGACAGUCUAGCUCAAAGACUUUCCCUUAAUAGACGUACCUCUUAGGACAUGGCUAAAUACUUUGAAUGUUGGCAGGAUUUUUGGACAAUCUGAUUCGCAAGUUUUAGGGAAAUAUUUUAUGAUAUGACAGAUGGGCGCUCACCGAUCAGGUUACGAGACGUGCUUGUUCCGCUGUGCCUUGAGGCUCAUACUAGAACUUUCACAGGCGGUCACACAGCAAUUAGGGGUUGGGCAUGACUGGCUGAUGACGGCUAAUAAGCUAAAAACGGUCAUUCCGGUCUCCCUGGUUUUUGUCGAUACCGUCUCAUCUCAUGAUGUUUUGUUAGAGCCGUGCAGCGACACUUCCAGAAGCUGUUAUAUAACUGGACUAAAAUGCGAACCUUGUAGAUGUAAACGAUGACAGAUAAGGAGGUGCAGUUGUAAUAAGCUUAAAGGCGGGGUCACUAUCUCAAAAUAACUUUUCUCAAACAUGCCAGCAGAAAUUUUGAGGAUACGAUGCAAAGACUAACUAUUCUGGGGAGCGUCAUGGCGGGUGCUUUCUGUCUGGAUAAAAGAGUCAGUAUUUUAAUUAGUAUUAUUCACUUUAAAGCGCAUACUGUACUAUCGUCUUUUAAUUUACUCUUCCCUUGACCUCUACGAUGCACUGAGAUAAAACCCUGCGGUUCCAAUUGUUAAAAGCUAUAAAUAACAGUCCACAAGAAAAUGCAUAGUUCCAAAUGCCUGUUUGUUUACCGAACGACUGUUAUUUAAAAUGUGCAUGAAAAUUUGGGAAGACGUUAUUCCUUGUGCUAUUUAUAUGAUUCUAGCUCAGAUGCUGGUUUGUACUCACGGAUUUGAUACACAUCUUAAGCAGUUCAUGUGUCCCUUGUAAUUAUUCCACUCCUUCAAAAAAAGGAUUCAUCUUAACUCGGUCAGGUUACAUGAAGGAGCUACUUUCAUGUCAACCAAUCAAAUAUGCGAAUCCCUGACAUAUACUCGGCUGAUGGAGGCGAAGAUGCCUAUUCCGGGAAACAGUACGAAGAGGGAUAUGGAGUCGCUGGAACAAGGGUUUUAUUUGUCUGAGGUCUUGGAUUCGCGCUCAAAUCCAGUAUUGCAGAGAGAAUUCAAUAUAAUCCACAUUAACCCAACUGUGAAAAACUCGGCGCCUCGGUGGGAUUCGAACCCUCGCAAGAAGGGGAAGGCUUUAGUACAGCCAACGCUCUAGCCACCUGAGUUGCGAGGCCACACCAGAAGAAGUGAGUUUAAUCACAUUUGGAUCAAGUUACCCGCCCAACCUACUGCAACGUCUGGAAUCUACCAAAUCUGAUACAGCAAGUUGACUGGCCAAGCAGGAUUUCCUAAAUAAUUCACCUAUAAUUACGUGAGCCUGGUAGCCAUCUGGUGGACUCUAGGUGGAUAACUUAAGAAAUCCUGCUUGGGCAGUCAGUUUACGGUAUCAGAUUUGGUGGAUUCCAGACAUUGCAGUAGAUUGGGCGGGUGACUUGACCCAAAUGUGAUUAAACUCACGUCUUCUGGUGGGGCUUCGCAUCUCAGGUGGCUAGAGCGUUGGCUAUAAUAAAGCCUUCCCCUUAUUGCGUGGGUUCAAAUCCCACCGAGGCGCCGAGUUUUUUUAUCGUUGGGUCAAUACGAAUUAUUCAAAAAUCUGCCGAAACAUCUAUGAAUCCAAUAUAAGUAAUACUCUGCAUCCGAUAAAUGCUGUAACACCUGUGCAAAACAUUACCCUUAUGGGAUUGUAUCUCUAGUAAUGGGCUCGAGUGUGAAUCUGAAACGUCAGACAAAUAAAACUCUUGUUUCGGAUACCUGACUCUCUGAAGGGGAAUAUCGAACUUUUCUUAGGCCACAAUCUAAGACAGUGAGAUGUAACACUCGAAAGAAUAAUUGAUUUCUUUCUGGCAAGCCAUCAUCCUUGCCUUCUGUACUAUAAUCUGGUUCUUCUGAAAUUAGAAAUAGGAGAGAUUCUCCAUGAUUUCCAACGAGACUGACUCCUAGGCGAGCAGCUAUUAGGCGGGUAGUCGGUCAAUACGAUUGCGUCGCUCUACAAUUCACUGUCCUAAAUUCCAAGGAGGCUCUGAAUGGCGAAAUGAUCAUGAGUGCGCCACAUGAAGUGAGCACCUAAAGACGAUUCAACUCCUUAACUACAACUAGCUAAGUAUGAACGAUGCAUAUUCAGGCAGUAGAGACGUGACACGGAACGGUUUUCAAAAACUAGUCUGCUUAGAAGUCUUGCGCUUUAGUCCAAACGAGGGAUCAUACUGUUUCCGUCAGAGGUAACGCAAUGUAAGGGAUGAAGCUUUCUUAAAAUGAGCGUGCAUUCAGCGAACAAUCUCAGGAAAUCUGCAUCCGACUGGAAAGGGUUGUCUAAGUGGGGUCGUUAUAUUGAUUAUCGUGCGGCAUGAUCCCAUAGUAUUUCAGAUAGGCCAGGAUUAUAUCAUUUCGAGGAACCUAUUUUCGGCCGUCAACAAUAAUCGCACUCGGUAAAAAUGCCUACCUAGUUAGUCUGCAUGUUUUCUAUUGAUUUUCGAUGUCUUUAUACAUUCGAAUCUACCCGGUGGAAAAUAUGCACAAAAUAUUCUUUCUUAAACUCGUUUGGCACCAAAUCACAUCUUCGUCAAAUUUUAUACUCGGAAAAGGUUUUCUGGUUUUAAAAAUUGCCUGAUUAUGAGAUUUUUAAAGCCUGGCAGUUUGUACCCAGACAGUGACGUUUUUGUCCGUUUAAUAAUGUUCCUUAUGAAGUAUACAGCAUAGCCAAUAUUAGUUGAGAAGCAUUUUGAUCGCUAUGUGAUAUCUACCUAAUGACAUAAAUAGAUGUUUUUCAUAACGCGGAAAGUAUACAACUUGUAGACUCUAGCAUUAAACGCAAAUUCGAAAACUAAAAAAACAUUUUCAAUAUUCAAACACACCCUUUUUUCGAGUUUGGAAUCUAAAUACGGAGUGUGUUGCGACCAACUUAAUUUAUAAAUGAGGAUUUCCAUGCAGGUUUUCCAUAAAAUAUAUUUACAUUUAUAUUAUUAAUGGAAAAAAGGCAUAAUAAUUACGUGACCGUUUAUAUCGAAUUUGUUUUUGACAGGCGCGGGAAAAAAUUCAUUUGGAAGUCAGCAUCCUGUUACAUCCCCACCUAAUUAAUUCUUCCUAACCGAACACGUAUUUUAGAAUUUCGCUUAACCGCAGUUAAUGCCGCGUCUCUCCUGGGGAAUAUGAUUAGAUAAAUACCCCGCACAUUAAAAAGUUAUUUUUUGAAAUUUGUCAUGCAUACGUAGUUGGUGUGACGUCCUGGAAAAAGCUGAUAAAGGCAAGGCGUAAGAAGUAACCUGGCGUGAAGUUUAAAUUGCAGUUUAUUAAUCCUGCAUCAUAAAAAGUACCAUGAAAACAUUGGUUCAUUUGUCAUGGGUUCCGGUGUAUACCAUGUAUUCACCAACAACGUCGUAGGCAAUUGAAAUUGACACAGAUCCUAGUGCUGCUGAGUCCUGCAUGACAGUUUGCAGAUCUGUCUCGUCCAAAAUUACAUCAACGCUCGUCAGCUGGACCGUCGCGAACGGGUGCGGUGGCUGACAAAGGCCGUCUACGCGUGCCAUAUACGCCCGAGCCGGCAGACGAUUGGCUAACUUUUUUAGAGGAACGACACAGCGUCUCGGAGUGUCAUAAUGGCCACAUUAAGAAAGAACCACUGCAAAACGUCCUUAGAAAACCGAACUGUCCCAUUACACUGGACGGCCACGAGUUAUAGCGCAUCACGAAGGCUUAAAGACCCGUUGGAUUGCUUAUAGAGGGGAGCUGGGCCAAAGGGCCGUGGGAAUACAGUUCCCAGAGUCGACCUUGCUCUCUCUCUCUCUCCCCUCUCCCAUGCACCAGUCCGCUGUCCGAAUCAGCCGGCCACGCGGUGCGGAGGUUGGGCGCCAGUGGCUGGCGUGACAUGAGUCCGCGCCUUGGCCUACCAACACACCCAUGCGUAUGUGGCAUUUGUUAAGUGAUAAUAAUGAUAAUUGUUUUACUAAAGACCCGCCAAGGCCCAUCAAAGCAAGCAAAAAUAAAUUUACAUAGAAUUUUAGACGAGGUAGGCAGAAUCCGUACAAAAUGCAAUUCAAAGUUUCUGAACUUGUAGUCCGUUAAAAAAAUGAUAAGCGAGUGGUAAAAAAACCUUACCUAAAUAUUUAAAAAUGACUGGAUUAAUUUUACAGGAGAAAUAAAAACCCGUCGCCAAAAACUAAUAACAGAAAAAUGCGGACAGGACUGACCUGCAUGUGGCGGUUUAUAACGGAUUAUAAUCGGACAUCGUCAGGGCGCACCCCUCGAGGUCCGGGUAAUGCCUAUUGUGCCCUGCUGGUUCACGAUGCCCCCCCCCCCUACUUACGGACUGCAUUCGCAUUUAUCUUUUCAUUUUUUUCCCACCAAAUCGUCCAAGAAUGGCUGCGGAAGGCGUGGAAACAGGCGAGCGACGAUUUCGUCUUCGAGGCCUGCCGUCACCUGCUGCAUGAUUACGCUUCUCAUGCAUCCUGCGUGCACCACAGUGAGAGCCUUCAACAUCGCUCGGCCGUGCACUUUGAAGAUUUCCUCGGCGGAAGGCGUCAUUCAGAGGUGGAGGGAGCGGAAAGAACGGAAGAGAAAGAGACGGGAGAUCAGAUUCUAGCAAAGUGGAUCGUGUCCAUAAAUGGCAAUGAUGUGACAUUCCAAGAGGAUCAAAAGUACGUUCAUAACUGGUGCCUCUUUGUCUGAGAGGCUCAUACACAAGUUUUCCACGUCAUGAUUAAGAGUAGUCAAAGUUUACCGGUGCUCAAAGUACUAGGGGGAGGGGGUAUAUGCUGCCAUCGCGAAUCAACCACCUAGUCAGUUAUCUGGGACGUACAAUCUCGGGGGUCUAUCUUAUGGUGGUUAAAGGGAGAUAGUUCUCCUAAAACGGGUCACGCGAUAGAUGCGCUGGACCAACAUGGGGGCCAUAUCGGAUUCUGGAAGACGUUAUCGGACUUGCCAACAUUUCGGGGUGCGGUGGCAGAGCCGGUUGCAGUCGCGCACAGUGGGACCCCGGCUGCCCCUCAUUGUUGAUAAAGUCCUGGUCAAAUGUUUGUUGUGGACCUGCGGGGGUGUGGUGGUGGUAUCAGUAGUAGUAGUAUUGGCAAUGGUAGUAGUAGUGGCAAUGGUAGGAGUAGCAGUUGUGAUAAUGGUAGUAGUGGUAGAAGUACUGGCAGUAGUAGUGGUGGUAGUAGUGGUAGUGGUAGUAGUAGUAGUAGUAGUAGCGGUAGUCCGGACCUCCGACCGAGCCACGUGGUAGAUGCGUUGCACCACCACGGCGGCCAUAUCAGAUUCUGGCAGGCGUUAUCGGAAUUACGCGCUAUAACAAAUGCCAAUACCUCGGAGGUGUGGUGGCAGACCCAGUUGUCGACGUACGCCGCACACAUUGGGGGCCUGCCGCCCCUCCUACUUUCGUUGUUGCUCAAAAACCUGGUCAUUUGUCGUGCUAACCACGGGGUUGUGGGCGGAUCGUUAAGGUGCGGGCUCGGCCAUGACAUCCACCUGCGCCCUCCCCCGCCCUCGGUCUUCUUGACUAUGCCUUGACACCAAGCCCAGAUGGGGGAGGGGAAGGAAUGCGGUGGAUUCUGUGCAAGUCUGUUAUCACAAUAAACUAAUUCCCGCACCAGUCACCGUCCGUGCUCUCACCCUGCUAGGGAGCACACGCUGGGCAUCGUCGGUUACGACGGUCGGACGGUCAUACGAGAUAUUUCUGAAGCUGAGCCAGCAAGGAUAAGAAAAUCUGUGACAUUCAUCCGACUUUCUUGGCCUUACUGACAAGACGGCGGGGUUAAUCUACUUCGAAGUAAAUGAUAAGAAUUACUCCAGGAGAUUUGCUUGUUAUGAGUCGGCCAUGACUGUCUUCAACUGCUGUAAGAUUUUCAAUAUUCCCAUGGUUACUUGUCAAGAAUUGUUGUUUGGUAGAGUGCGGAAUGUGUCGCUAGCUGGAACCCCAUGUGAUUGCCCUAGCUUCCACUGAUGUUACUCAAAUAUUACUAGUAGCGUUCACAACGGUUGCCGCGUGGUAACCUCAUUGGGAACAAGCGAAUCAAACUGCGGAACCCAGGGAGUAAGCUCGGCCGGUAGACACACCCAAAUGUGCGAUUCGGGUAGAAUUUCAAUUAAGUCUGAUUAGCUUUCUAAUGCACGUAUAUCACCAGCUUAGCAAGCGCUGAUGCAACAUUUUAAUUCUCUUUGUCAGUUUUUUUGUUGGAAUUCAAUGAAUGAGGAAGGCAUCAGUGUUUCCUUGCAAAAAUAAAGUGAAAAACCAAAGCUUGGAUUAAAAAGGCGAUAUAGAAGACAUGUUACGGUCUAAACAAGCAGGUCCCUAUUAAAGCUCCUAAGUAGUUUGACUUACGAUAGGCUUUUUGCGUAAGCACACUGCUAGAACGUUUGAAAAAACAGAGCAUUAGGCCGCUCAAUGUUAUAUAUUUUUUUCCGAAACCAUCGCUCCUGAAACCUAUGCUGUAAUCCAUUCUAAGUCUUUUGUGGUGAUCUUUGUGACCAUACAGAUCAUAAAUAUGUGCAUCGAGGAAGAACGUUAUUUUUGCGAUAAAAGUACUUCAAAGAAUGCCAUUCUGCUAAUGCUCCGAGAUAGGUUGCUGAAUGUGCUACGCAUUGGCUGCAAGAAGUCCUCGGCUCAUCGAGGUUUGCUGACGUAUUUUCAGUGAAAAGUUCGAAGUGACGGAAACGUUAUUGGUUAAAGAGAUUUCGGAGGAACCGUUAAUGAGCAAACUAUCAUUAUCAACCGGUCAGAUGCUGCGGAGUAAAAACAGUUUUCAUGAUCACCUUUUGGAUAUGACAGAUCAAAGUGCACCAGGUUCGCAUUGGGGGGUAGAGUCAUACAGAAUAGUCUGAUUACGCGGGAACGCCCCAGGGUGAAUUUGAAACUCUGAUUCGUUUUUGGCUAUCUGCAACCAGUGUCAUUUACUGAGCUCACCAGAAUCCAGGUGAGUGGGACGCCUCAAAAAAGACUAUUAAUAAACUGGACAGAAUAUCUGCUAAAAACGCGCAUUUGUAGAAGCGUAAUGCGUCUGUCGAUCACGAAGGUAUAGGACACAUUUGGACAGACAGCAGGUAUCAUAUUUUAUCCAGGUAAUCUUUGGGCUUUCUAUAAUCUUUGAAGAACCUAAACGAAACUCAAACCUGCUCUGUUACAGAAACCUCGAUGUUCGUAAAGGUGGGCCAAAACUGGCAACCUUCUCUCCUAAAGCACAGUCGUAGCGGAAAUCAGUCAAAACGUUGUCUGUGAGAUGCAUUUCUGCAAACUAAUCCAGGAAUAAAUAACUUAAAAGUACAUAUUCACAAAACAUCCAUUCCUCCCCUGCUUUGUCUGACUUACAGGGGUGGCAGCUAUAGUCGCUAAGGUGCGAAGGUGUCCUUUGUUUCUCCUACACGAACAUCUGCCCCACACAGAGAGCGACAGUCCAACCGCCUUUGCCGACAGCGUAGGGACUUUGCCUUGCGCGUGAAUUAGUUCAAAAUAAUGGUAGACUUACGCAGAACCUACCGCACACUCUCCUCCCCACCAGGGUCCUGUGAGUCGGGGGAGGGGAGACGCGGGCGACUGGCAGGACGAAAAUCUGCACCCGGGCCCACAGCCUACACUGGGCAGGAUUUUAUAUCACAAGAACAAACGGGCGGGAGAGUGGGACGACUCGGAAUGCAAAUUACCGAUGACGCCUAUCGGACUUCGAUCUCCCCCCCCCAUAUAAGUGUUGCCCCAGCGCAUUUGCCGCAUGGCUUCUUUCGGAGGCACAUGGGAUCACCGUACAGAGCCUCAGGAGGUCGGACGAAAGACUGCCCAUCGGUAUACCUGGAAGUGCGCGCCCUCUUGUGUUGGUCCAGCGCAUAUACCUCCUGACCCGUUUUGCGUGCACCCAUGAAAAGCAGAUAAGACAUCUCAAACUCAAGUCUCCAAAUGAGAAAGUGUAAAUUUUUCUGAGAAUUCAAUUCUGCGUUUGCUAUCCAUUGUGAUAAGAGUAGGAGUUAUCAAGGGCGCUGCCGGCCAAAAGCCUUUUGUGGACCAAAAAUUGUGGCAGAAUUCAUCCCGUCGACUACUGUAUUACAGAAAUUACAACCUCCAUUAGAAGUUAUGUGAUGAAAUCGCCGUGGCAGCUAUGGUGGAAUUCACUUCUGGCCAUAAAUGUUUCGUUGCAAUUAGCGCCCAUUCACAAGCUUCGCAUUUUCUUCAAUUCCUACCUUACAUAUGAAAGUGUUUUCUGAAAUGGACUUCUACGUUCAAACAAACUGCAGGCGUAUCCAUCUUUAGCCCUUUCAUAAGUCGAAAAAUGCAGAUGUUUUAAGCUUUCUCCACAGACACUAGGUCCGUAGGUUGGGAAGAAGGGCAGUGAACUUUUUAAAGUUCUUAAGUGAAGUGCACAAAACAUAUUGUUUUUAGACUUUAAUUGUCGAACCCGAUAAGUUCUUUGACAGCAGCGCCAGAGAAGUUUGUUUUCGACUCCGGUCUAUCACGAAAAACUGCGUACAUCGCUCUAACGGUGUCAUGCGACUGCAGAAAUCUGCCAAAACACACCUGACUAGGCUUUUAACUGUUCUCUAUGUGUAUGGAAGACUUUCAGACACGCAGUAAAUUUGCCCUUUUUUCAAACAGGACAGUCUCGUAAGUGCUUUUCAACUUUGGUUGAGGUAACUGGUAAGUGUAGGAUCAGCUAAUGCAACUCAUAGCGUCAGUGACAUGCGUGCGAAUUACGGUUGGUGGGCUAACUCAUGAAAUUUCGAAAUUCCGAAAUGGGAUUUCGUUUCGAAAAAAUUAAUUAUGUAGGAUUAUAAAACUAAUCGGCCUGCAGCAUAAUUCUAUAAUGAUCCAGUUACCUCUGGCUGCCAGCUUUCGAACGAACUUCCCUCCGGCCGCAUGCAAAAACUUCAUUCUGCAAAAAAUGACUACUUGAGUAGCAUGCAUUCUUUUCGUUGAUUUUCGAUGGCCCUAAAGGUCAAACUAUAUUCCAUGGAAAACAUGCAUAAAAAUAUUCUUUCUUCUGCUCGUUCGGCAGAUAAGUACGUCUUCUUCCAAUUUUAUAUUCGAAAGAAAGGUUUUAUUUGGGUUUCAAAAACAUUUCUAAGUCCCGAAUAGUUUCGAACCCGAUCUGCCGUUAUACUUGCAUCCAGGGUUUCAAUACUACAAGCCGUAUAUUUUCCUUAUACGAAAAUUCCCACAUUUCACUACAAUAUUAGGAGGAGACAAUAUAGAGUUCAUACAAUUUAGCAUUGAAUUUAAUCCAUAUUGUUAACUUUACUAGCCACAUAGGUAAAUCCAGAGACAUGACAUCUUAUGAAGGGCAUUUCACAGUGAAUAUUCAAACUUUCUAUCCAAUCAAAUCCCCGGUCCGUUAUAUGGUGUUUUGCAGAUUUGGACAAUCAGUUUGGUCCAUUUGUGAAAAAAACUCGACGACCUCCAUGGGAUUCAAGUCCAUGACAGCAAGGUCAAGACUUAAGUACAGCCAAAGCUCUAACUGACUGAACUAGGAGGACACAACGGGCUCGCCGACUUUUUCACAAUUGGGUCAAAUGAAUUAUUCAGGUCCACCAAAAAUACCAAUUGAACAAAUGAGCCUGGAAGUCUUCUGGUGGAUUCUAGAAUGAUUACUUGGAAAAUCCUGCCUGAGGAGUCAGUUUACAGUAUCCAAAUUGGUAGAUUACAUACGUUGCGUUAGGCUGGGCUGGCAAUUUGAAUAAAAAUGUGAGUAAAACCACUGCUCUCUAUGAGACCUCGUGGUUCAGGUGAUUAGAGCGUUUGAUGUGCUCAAACCUUUUCCAAGUAGGUAGGAUGAAUAUUCCCAGUCGUCUUGGAUAGGACAGACAGAAGAGAGUGAAGAGUAAAACAAACGCAGCCCAGAUCCAAUGUCAAGCAAAGCAGACGCAUUUGGACGCACAUAUUGUGGACGCGAGGAUUGUUUUGGGAAUGAGCAGAUGCACAGGAUUCAUGCGGAGGGCAGAAUAUUUUGGCUUUAACAGAUAAAAAAAAAUGACUGAAAAACAGAGGAAGCUCAGGCUUACUCCGACAUCCGUGAAAUACUUCCAGAUCUGUUGCGUAAUACCUUGAAAAUUAAAUUAUAUUUUAUGGACAAAAUGCAUAAAAAUAUUCAUUCUUUUACUAUUCGGUAGAAAAUCAUGUCUUCUUCCAGUUCUAUACUCAAAAGAAGAUUAUAAUUCGAUAUUAAAAAAGUUUCUUACUGUGAGAUUUUUUAAUACCGUUAAAUGGCCGUUCAUGAAACGUCAUGUAUCUGCAUUUACGAAUGUGGCUUGUAAAGUUAACAAUAUUGCUCAAAUCCACUGCUUAACUUUAUGAACCUCAUAUAGUCUCCUCUUAACACCGUAGAGAAAUGCAUGGUUUUCCGUACACGGAAAAUAUACAGCUUGUAAAUUUGAAACCCUGAAUGCAAGUGUAACAGCAGGUCGGGUUCAAAAUUAUUCGGGAAUUAGAAAAGUUUUUUAAAACCGAAUUAUACUCUUCUUUUGAGUAUGAAAUUGGAAGAAGACGUGAUUUUCUACCGAAUAAGUAAAAUAAUGAAUAUUUUUAUGCAUGUUUUCCAUGAAAUAUAAUGGAAUUUUCAAGGGCAUCGUAAAUCAAUGAGAAAAUUGCAUACUACUUAAGUAGGCAUUUUUUGCAGAGUAUAGAUCUUGUAUGUAGCCGAAAAUAAGUUCUUUCGAAAGCUGACACCCUGAGGUAACUGGAUCAUUAUGGAUUUAUGCUGCAUGAUGAUUAGUUUUACAACACUACUUAAUUUAUCUUUUCGAAACGAGAACGCAUUCCGAAAUUUUGGUUGACAUUUCAUGAGUUAGCACAUCUACUGUAUGUGACCUUUAACUCUAAGGGAAAGUUAUCUUUAUUCGGCUGUUCCCGGUAAAAUCAAAUGUUGGAAGACUGGGACUAACGAUUUAGGAGAGUCCUAAAACGUCGUCUGGAAUUUGCUAGAAUUCAACCAGGAAGCUGUAACAGAAGGCAGACAUCCUUCAUCUUGAUCAGGCAUCCGUGCCACAGAAGAUGAUCAGGACAUUUAAUCAAAUUCCCACUGAUAAAACCUCACAAGCCUAUUGGAUUUUAGCGGAUGUCUAAAGGCAUUUGGUCAAACUGAUCCAGCGGCUUUAAUUCACCUGGACUUAGAGAGAAACCGCACAGCUGUGUGGUUACUGAGACAAAUCACCCGAUAUAAAUAUUUCAUUAUUAACUGAUAGGUAGCUCUUCAUAAUUUUGAGAAUAUGAGUCUUUGAAGCGGUCUGCUUGCUGACGAGUGUACACUUGACCCUGAAAGCGAAGCAGGCACGGCGCAGAGCUUAAUUGAAUUGGCUUCCAAGUAUGUUGGACCGGCGUUCGCCAUCGAUGAUCGGCGCCUAAGUGGUAUGAACAAGCUCUCCUACCUGAAAGCCACAAGUCAAAAACAUCAAAAUCGACCGGACAGUUUGACUAGAAUCGUUGAACGAAGCCAGAGAUUUAGUGGGUUAUAAAAUCAAGCUUGGAGCGUGUGGACCGUGCCAUUCGUUGAACGGUCGUGGAGGAGGUUUUAUGGGCGGGGCAGCACACAGGGCGGAGAGCGAGAAGAGACAGAAAGUAGAUAAACUUCUGUUCAAAGUCUUGUCGUUCCCUACCAUUUGGCAAAGAAGUGAGCGCAAUAAAUGAAAAACAAACAAAAAAACCAAUUUUUGAUAAUAAUAGACUUCGGAUAAAGUGCCGUUGAAAGUUCACUUUUUGUCAGGAAGAAAAAGAAAUGUUAAACAAUGGCAACGGUGAAGAAUAAGUAAUGUUUACAUUCACACGGGCUUUUGGGGUAUAUUUUUGGAAUUACUAUUUUUGAAUUACUAUUUUUGGAAUUACCCUCUACUUGUGGAUUCUACACCCUCUCGUUACCCAACUAGCAAAUAAUAGUUUUUGACCAUGGGAAUGGCAGGUUAGUCUGAAAAGUCUACCAAAACGAAGCAAAGAAUCUUGACCAUUUCCAUCUGAGUGGUCUUAGAAGCGCAGGCCCUCCUACGUGGAUGCAAUAAAUCAGACAAACAUAAAACUCGACUGAGAAAUUUCACCUAGAAUCUCCAAAGGAAGUCACGUCUUUGAAUGGUCACAAUUCCCAGACUUAGACUGUUACUGACAUCAUUCUCAACGUCAAAAGUAUGCUGUUAAGGCCUACCAAAACAGAACGAGAAGACUCGACCAUUUCCGCCUCAACGGUUUUUGGAACAUACGAAAUCCGCAUUAGCACGGACGAUUGGCGGACACUUGGUCCUAAAAUCAACUGGCAUCUUCGAGGUUUUUGCAGUGCGUAGUAGUUUCAGCUCCACCGGAUGCCUGAUGCGUUCCCCCAACACUAAAGGAACACCCUGGAAACUCCAAUUCAGAUGUCUCGUGAAUUAGGUAGAUGGUUGAUCAAGCCUUCAAUAAGUGGGCUAACUCAUGAAACUUCGAAAGAAUUUCCGAAAUGCGUUUCAGUUUCGAAAAGAUUAAUUAGGUAGGGUUGUAAAACCAAUCAUCGUGCAGCAUAAUAAUAUAAUAAAUCAGUUACCUCAGGAUGCCGGCUUUCGAACAGACUUCGUUCCGACUGCAUGCAAAAACCAUACUCUGUAAAAAUGACUACUUAUGUAGCAUAAGUAUAUCUCAUCGAUUUUCAAUACUCUUAAACAUUCAAUUAUAUGAGAUGAUGCCGAAAAAGACAAGGGAGACCGGAAUGGCCAUUUCUGGCUUAUUAGCCGUCAUCAGCCAGUCAUACCCAACCCCAAGUGUGGAUCACUUGAGAUUCGAGCCCGGGAUCUUUUGAUCAUGGAGUUUGACGCUCUACCAUCUGUGUCUACUACUAGUCGCUGUGCGACUGCCUGCGAGGGUUCUAGUAUGAGCCCCAAGGCACAACGGAACGAGCAUGUUCUGUAACCUGAUCGGCGAGCGCCCACUGUCAUAAUUCAAUUAUAUUUCAUGAGAAACAUUCAUAAGAAUAUAAUUUUUUUUGCUCAUUCAGUAGAAAAUUACAUCUUCUUUCAAUUUUAUACUCUAAGAAGAGGGGUAUAAUUUGGCUUUAAAAAGUUUCUAAUUGUGAGAUUUUUUAGUACCGUGAAAUGACCCUUCAAAAUCGUCAUGUCUCUGCAUUUACCAAUGUGGCCUGUAAACUUAACAAUGUGGGUCAAAUCCACUGCUUCAUUUUAUGAAUCCCAUAUGGUCUCCUCUUAAUACGAUAGAUAAAUGUAUUGUUUUCCGUACGCGGAAAUUAUACGUCUUGUAGUUUGGGAACCCUGAAUGCAACUGUUACGGCAGAUCGGGUUCAAAAUUAGUCAAGAAUUAGAAAAGUUUUAUAAAACCAAAUUAUACCCUUUCGUCGAGUAUACGAUUGGUAGAAGACCUAAUUUUCUACCGAAUGAGCAAAAGAAUGAAUAUUUUUAUUUAUGUAUUCCAUGAAAUAUAAUUGAAUCUUUAGGCGCAUCAAAAAUUAAUGAAAAAAUACAUGCUACGUAAGUAGUCAUUUUUUACAGAGUAUGGCUUUGGAUGCAAUCAGAACGAAGUGUUUUCGAAAGCCGGCGUCCUGGGGUAACUGAAUUGCACAAUGAGCGAUUUCAUAGGCCUACUUAAUUAAUACUUUCGAAACUGGAACGCAUUUCGGAAUUUCUGUUGAAAUUUCAUGAGUUAGCCCACUUACUGUACACUAAACAGCCCUGAAAACGGCAAUUUUCAACCUUUGUUUUUAUGUAUUCCAGAGUUAGAAUGAUAAAUUGGCCCUAACGGUGGGAUGAUUCAUACAAAAUUUACUGGGAACAUUUUACUACAGAGAAGCAUCCUUACUCCCUGACUUCUCAGCUUCAUACAAGUUUCCGUCAUCGGAGGUGACUUUGAUGUUUCGCCUUAACAUCCUCAAAGGCUUCUCCAAUUAGACUGCACAUAUACGCGUAUAAUGAUGUCCACCGCAUGCCUUACGUCAAGGUAACAGUGAAGUCGGUGACCUGCCUGUAAAUUAGGUUAUAAUGAUAGUGGACUUGAGCUGCAUUUAGCGCACUCUCUCCCUCUUCAUGUGAUCGGUGAUAUUUUAGAGUCACGACGACCGCAGUCCGGAUCGGACGCGGACAAAUUUGAACAGACCGUCUUCGCGUGCCACACACACGCCUGAUCCGCGCGUCAGGUUCUCCCGGAGGAUAUGGGGGGAUGACCCCGAUGCCAUAGAUCCUUCAUGGAGAGGGCGUCAUUGCAGUCUGGCUCUGUCCUGAGAAGGCAGCCCUUUAACCCAAUGCGAUGGUCUGAAACCGUGGCAGAUUGUUUUUAGUGGGAAAAACAGGCACCGAGUCUUUGGGAACGAAGUCCCCACAGUCGACCUCACUCUCGCCUCCCUUUCCCUCUGCAUCAGGCCGAGCCGACCAUCCAUCUGGUCCUAGGAUUGGACGCAGCUAGCUGAACGGCCAAUCGACGCGUGUCAAACACGACAUUGUUCCGAACAAUAUCCCAGGACUUUACACAAAGAAUGUAGGAACACACAGACACACUACUUCGCAUAAUACACUUUUUGAACCUAUGUGUGGCAUCUUUAAACGAAUGUUGAGUCACUAUGGUACAGCCCAUGCGUUAGAAGCCUCUUUAUCAACUAAAGCCUACUCUGUAAUUUAUAUCCCUACAUCCUUCUUAAACAAGGUUAAAUCUUAAAGCCCCUGUAAAUGAUUUAGGCAGAAUGGCAUUACCGACAAAGACACGGGAGACUGGAAUGGCCAUUUCUGGCUUAUUAGUCGUCUUCACCCAGUCAUACCCAACCCCGAAGUGUGGAACACCCGAGGCUCGAACUCGCUACCUGUUGGUUAGAAGUCCACGCCUCUAACCACUGGGCCACGAGCCCGUUGCCCUGUUGGUUUUCGAGCGGCAAUAUACAAUGGUAGGGGACGCUCAUCGAUCGUUCUUACGGAACUCCCUCGUUCCGUUGUGCCUUACGAGCUCUCUCUCUCGAGCCAAACCAGCAGCCGCACAGCGGCGCAUGAAGUAGGCAGAAUGAUAUUACCGACUGACGGCGGCCAAUAAGCCAGAAAUGGCCACUCCAGUCUCCCUUGUCUUUGUCAGUAAUGCUAUUCUGCCUAUAUCAUAUGCCGCUGUGCGGCUGGUCGUUGGGCUCAAGAGAGAGCCGGUAAGGCACAACGGAAUGCGUAAAUUUUUUAAGAACGAUCGGUGAGCGUCCCCUAACACAAGAAUGAUUUUGAACAAAGUUUCCUUCGCCACACUCAACUUAAGGGAAUAAUUUCUGGGUCGAAAUCGGUGUGCGGCCAACAAGCUUUGUCAGAUGCUGAAAAGGAUUAUUGUUGAACAGAUCAAUAUGAAAAACCCAAAAAUUGCAGUUGUUGACAGCUUAGGCUUUUCUUAGAACAAGCCCUAAUGGAUAUAUAAACUGACAGUUUUAACAGCAUUAUGAUAGGCCUGUUGUCCGUAAAAUGAGUCACGAGGUAAAUACGUUGAACCAACACGGGAUCUACAUUGGAUUCUGGCAGGCAUUAUCAGGACUGCACGCUCCUAACGAACGCCAACAUUCGGAGUCCAGUGGCAAGACCAUUUGGCGGUUCAUUCCGCGCCAAAUGGGAUCUGUGCCGCUCUUCUAUAUUAGUUGUGGUGUAAAAUCCGGAUCAGUCAGACUGGUGUUACCGACAAAGACAAGGGAGACUAGAGUGGCCAUUUCUGGCUUAUUAGCCGUCGUCAGCCGGUAAUAUCAUUCUGCCUAUAUCAUGCGCCGCUGUGCGGCUGCUGGUUGGGCUCGAGAGAGAGAGAGUCCGUAAGGCACAACGGAACGAGUGAGUUCCGUAAUAACGAUCGAUGAUCGUCCCCUACCAUUGUAUAUUCCCGCUCGAAAACCAACAGGGCAACGGACUCGUGGCCCAGUGGUUUGAGGUGUGGACUUCUAGCCAAUAGGUUGCGAGUUCGAGCCUCGGGUGUUCCACACUUCGUGGUUGGGUAUGGCUGGCUGACGACGACUAAUAAGCCAGAAAUGGCCAUUCCAGUCCCCCGUGUCCUUGUCGGUAAUAACAUACUGCCUAUAUCAUGCGCCGCUGUGCGGCUGCUGGUUGGGCUCGAGAGAGAGAGAGCCCGUAAGACACAACGGAAUGAGUGAGUUUCGUAAGAACGAUCGGUGAGCGCCCCCUACCAUCCUGAUCAGUGUCAGCUGUGAACCAGGAGGUGUGGUGGUAGGCCCGGAUGCGGUUUCACUCCCCGCAUCAGCCACUGGCAGCCGCUCCCGCCCCCGGCCUUCUCACCUCUGUCUUGACACAGGAUCCAGGGUCGGGAGGAGGAGGACGGUGUGAGGAUUCAGGGGCCGGGGAGGAGGGUGUGGGGUAGACACUGCGCAAGUCUACUUUCACUAUAAGCUUAUUUACGCGCAAGUCAACAUCCCUGCUCUCCCCCUGUUGUGGAACACACGGUCGACAACGACGGACGAACUAUCGUAUGCUAGGCCCAGAACCUUGUUGCCCUUGCGUACGAGACGUUCAUUUAUGUUUUCGUAAGUUGUGUCCACAUCUCACUGACUGUGACGUGAGGUAUUAUUCUGACCAAAAUCAAAGGGCGUAAACGUAGACCUUUAUGUAGCUAGCUCUGUGAGCUCAACUGAAAUGCGGUUAAUGAAUGAACACAAUGUCCAUUUUCCGAUCCAUUUUAUAUAUCUGGUAAGCCAAAUUAUCUAAACGUUUCAGUUCUGUAUAAGCAGCAACUCAAUAUCAAGAAAUGACGAAUUUAUUCGAUGUAGUUUAAGACCAUCUUCUUCUAAUUCAGUCCCCAAGAGGAUUAUUUGGAAAAGUUGCAAGUUCACGCUUGCAUUGGCCCCGACGCAAACGAUGUAAUGAGGCCAGAAACGAAAUGAAUUCUCAAGAGACUGACUAAAAUCCCAAAGCACCCUUCAAAAUACGAAUCGAAGGCAUCAGUGGACUGGGAGGUUCAUGCUGGCUUUAAACUGAUACCUCGCCGGUAUUUCUGUUACGUACUUGAAGUCCUUUGCCGACCUCGUUACUUCCCAUUCAUCAAUUUUUGACCGGUAGGGCGGAAAAUGGACUAGUUUUCUAAGGUCGCUUUUACUGAAUAGGAGCGUUGAUUAAUUGUUUGGUUUAAGGGCAUGUUUACUAGCACGGAAUUGGGAAUUUCCGGAGUUGUCUUUUUAAAAAGUGUUUAAAUACUCAUAAAUUUUGCUUUCCAGUCAUACCUUAUUUGAGGGCGUCUUAGCAUCCAUCGCACCCAGAAGGAGGUUACUUACUAAAAAGUACUAAAAUACCUCAUAGUAUUGCACAUCCCGCAUAUCCAAGUACAUCGGUCUAAACUCCUACGGACCUCAGGCGUUGAAGGGUUAAAACAAUUUACACCGUCAAUGGAGCGUUUUCAAAAUAUCACUUCAUAGUCUCUAAUUCUGCCCUAUCCACUCGAAAAAGGCUCAAAUAAAUAAAUAAAUAGAACGAAUUUAUGGGAUGUGUGUACCCCUACUCAUCAGCUUCUGACAUAUCCUUCGGCAGGCGCAAAUUUUUUCCAGUUGCUAUUUCCCCUUUCUAAUUAAUUAAAGACCAGUGCCUCUUGACUGCGUUCGUAUACGUCAGCUUAACAACCUCCAGUGAUGCAAGUACAUGUGUUGCGACAACUGGGCCAUUUUCAUGCCUCCGUAGAAUGCGUCGGUUGUAGCUUCCGCCCCCCCCCCGGGGCCGUAGGUCAGGGGUGUUUUUUCACGAGUUGGGCGGGCGUCUCCUUGCCUCUAUGCCUCAGGUCGAAAACUUUAUGAGUUGAAUGGGGUCCUCUGCGGUACAACAGGUCUGUGAAGCGAGUGUAGCCCUGAUUUCAACUAACCACCUAAUGUGGAAUGCCCGUUUUAAAUGAUUGCGCCUUGUCAAGCAACAGAAAACUAAUUCUAUUUCUCUGAAUUAUCACUGUUUUGACGGGAGGGAUGGGGGUCGAUUGCGUCUACUGAAAGGCUAUUGCAGAUCAGUUCUGACGCCUUUUGAAGAAUCUUGAAAGUAGCAAGGAGGGACGACAGAGAAUGCGGGUAGAUUGAUACAGUACUGUUUCGGGCUUAUUGUGCCUUCAUUCAGCCAAUAAUAAUCCUGGCCACCAGCAACUGGCUGAAUGAAGGCACAAUAAGCCCGAAACAGUACUGUAUCAAUCUACCCGCAUUCUCUGUCGUCCCUCCUUGCUGUUAUUAUGACUUGGCCGACUUCGACCAAGUAAUUGGUUGACUGUUUGUGACCUUUGCCACCCAUACGGAGCUUGUUUGCUUCGUGAAGCCAAUAGAUCGGUGUGCGCCCAUUCCUGAUUGAAUAAAUACCCGAUCUGCAGCGACAGAGAAUGACAGGUGGCGAGUCAUUGAUUAACUUCGGUUCGAUGAAGUGCUUAUGACCCAUCUGGUAGACCCCAGUGGUGGACCAGCUGCGCCAGGUGCGUCUGAGCGCAUGUUUGUGUUUCUGGUUCCAGCUGCUGGUGGUCAGGGUUAUGAUUGGCUGAAUGAAGGCACAAUAAGCCCGUAACAGUACCGUGUCAAUCUACCCGCAUUCUCUGUCGUCCCUCCUUGCUGUUAUUAUGACUUGGCCGACUUCGGCCUGGUAAUUGGUUGACUGUUCGUGACCUUUGCCACCCAUACGGAGCUUGUUUGCUUCGUGAAGCCAAUAGAUCGGUGUGCGCCCUUUCCUGAUUGAAUCUGGAAAGUGGUACUUUUGCAAUUCUAGGACUUAUAAGCAAUGGUUGGUAAAAACGGAAUUUUGCACAGUUGGUGUGGACUGACCAGCUUCAGUUCAUACACGGAAACACCAUUCGGGUUCCUGGAAGCACCCUCUCCUCAAACGAGCUGCGUUGCAAGAGCGUUAUUCCAGACUGGCCCACAGCUUUCAUUCAACGUGCUACGCUGAGCUAACGCGAGCCCAUAACUACCGCCGUAUAUUCAUGUAUUGACUGAUACUGUGAAACCCAUCCUCACGGCAAACCAGCGCAUUGCUCACUAUAAUGAAGUCAUAGUUUAGGGAAGCGUGCAAAGAAAAAUCUAUUGGUAUCAACAGAUUGCACGACGGCUCAUCAACUGCAUCCUGGCGCAUCAUAACAUACAGUAGGUAGGCUAGCUUAUGAAACGUCAACCGAAAUUCCGAAAUGCGUUUUCGUUUUGAAAAGAUUAAUUAAGUGGGGUUUUAAAACCAAUCAGCUUGCAACAUAAUUCUAUAAUAUUUCAUUUACCACAGAAUGCCGGCUUUCGAAUGAACUUCCUUUCGGCUGCAAACUAAAGUGAUACUUCAUAAAAAUUGACUACUUAUGUAGCAUGAAUUUUUCUCAUUGAUUUUCGAUGCCCCAAAAAGUCCAAUAAUAUUACCAGGAAAACAUGCAGAAAAAUAUUCACUCUUGUGCUCAUUCGGUGGACAAUUACGACUUUUUCAUGCUUUAUACUCGAAGUAAAGGUAUAAUUCGGUUUUAAAAAAAUUUUAUAAUCUGGGGUUUUUAAAUACCAUGAAAUAGCCGUUCACAAAUCGUUCUCUCUAUGCAUUUAGCAAUGUGGCUCGUAAAGUUAACAAUAUGGAUCAAAUCGACUGCUUAAUUUUAUGACCGCUAUAUAGUGUACCUUUAUUACCCUAGAGAAAUGUGUGGUUUUCCGUACGCGGAAAAUAUACGGCUUGUAGUCUGGAAACCCUGAAUCCAAGUGUAACGGUUGAGCGGGUUCAAUGUUAUUUGGGAAUAGAAAAAGUUUUUGGAAACCAAUUUAUACCCUUCCUUUGAGUAUAGGGUUGGAAGGAGACGUAAGUGUCUACCGAAUGAGCAAACGAAUGAACACUUUUAUGCAUGUUUUCUAUGAAAUAUAAUUAGACAUUUAAGGGCAUCGAAAAGUGAUGAGAAAAAUCCAUGCUACUAAGUAGUCAAUUUUAAAGUGUUGUUUUUGUAAAGGGCCGGAAGGAUGUCCAUUCGAAAGCCGUCAUCUUGGUGUAACUGAAAUAUUAUAGAAUUGUGUUGCAGGCUGACUAGUUCUACAACCCUAUAUAAUUAAUCUUUUCGAACCGAAAACGCAUUUCGGGAUUUCGGUUGACAUUUCUUGAGUUAGCCCACCUACUGUAAAUAACGAGUGGGAAGCAUACAGCAGUUUGAAUUUGUGCAGAAAAACAAUGCAGAAACAACAAGGUCAUGGUUUAUAGUAAUGCAGGUUAGUCAAUAAAACUAGUAACUUAAGCCGAAUAUGGAAUGAAUAGUGGGCAGAGGUAAACAUGUCAAUCGGAAAGGGGAUAUAUGAAAAGUAAGGAACUAGAGGUUAUCACAGAAACGUCAGGCUGAUCACAUAUUCAAGUUGUUUAAAUACACAGCUCGAACGUUGAUUCCAACAAUGUUCACCGUUGAUAGAAGCGAACGGGCGAGUUCCAGGUAGCAGUUAAGAAGAUGAAGAUGCGAUCACUGGAACAAGAAAUUUAUUUGCCUGACGUUUCGGAUCCUCACUCGAAUCCAUCAUCAGAGACAUUCGCAGAUAAAGGUGAUGGUGGCACCAAGAGUGCAGUAUUUAUAGCACGUGGCUGCGGACAAAGCAAUUAUGUCGGAGAAACUGGGAGAUUACUCCGUACGCUUAUUGCCGAGCACGCAGCAGCAGUGAGGCGGGGAGACGCUAACUCUCAAGUGGCGGCACACUCGACGGGACCCGGCCAUAUUUUCAAAUUUCAAGAGGCCAAAAUCCUUGCAUGGGGUGACAACCGCGUGAGCCGCGAGCUGCUCGAGUCAUGGUUCUCAGGCCCGCAAUCCAUCAACAAGCACAAUGACCUCCCGGUACCCUAAACCGUACUGCGAUUUCCCUGGGCAGGAGAAUCAGUCACGUGGGGAGGGCGCGGGCGAGCAAUCAUCACGGUGACAGUGAACCAGUUUGUCGAGCAAUCGUCACACCAGCAUCCAGCACGGAUGACGAAAUCGCGGCCAUUAACGACUCGGAAUCGGACCGACAAGCCACCACCGCAUCAAUUACGACCCCAGCGGUGAUUGCAGGAACUGUUAAUUGCAGAGUGCAUACGGUCCUACGGCAGCCACAUGCUAUAAAUACUGCACUCCUGGUGCCACCUUCACCUCUAUCUGUGAAUGCCUCUGAUUAUGGAUUCGAGUGAGGAUCCGAAACGUCAGGCAAAUCAAUUUCUUGUUCCAGUGAUCGUAUCUUCAUCUUCUGAAAUGCUCACCGUGUUCUGCUCAGCUAGGUGCAGCAGGCACGGUGACUUGCUCAAGAAUUAGUUUACAAUGAGAGCAGACUUGCGCAAUAUCUACCGCACUCUCUCUUCCACACUCCCCACCUGCACCCGGUGUCAAGACGGAGUCAGGAAGACCGGAGGUGGUGGAGGGCACAGGUGGCUGGCACGGCCGGACCCGCACCUAGUGUGCCACCACACCCACCGCAGGUCCACAACAUAAACAUGACCAGGAUGUUUCACCAACAACAACGACGACACCCUAACAGGAGGAGGAUGACGACUGGGCAGCCAUACCCACCACCUCUAUACCCAAGAAGAGCUCGAGCGCAUCUACCGGCAGGGAACCAGGUGUCAGGAAAAUGUUAGCGAGGGUCAUGGUUUGCUGAUACUGGCAUAGCAUACACUUUCAGACCUUUUUAACUAGAAGGGCGACACGUGGCCCUGCAUUUAGCCUUGGCCGUCAACCUUCAAGGUUGGGCAACCAAACAAUGUGAAGAGUAGCUCUUUGCAUAGGUCUGGUUUCACCCGUCGUGUGUAGGCCGCUUUCAGGUAACGCAAAGUCCGAGUUGUUCGUGCCCGAACAAGUACUCGGAAGGCCGUUUUAGGGUCGACGGAGUGUCUAUCAUGAAGCGGGAGGAACGCGGGACUAUAUUUUAUUGCUUUAGAAGUCGCCUGGGCAGGUGAUCAAUUGACCAGGCUGCCAACUGUCUUUUGCGUUCGACGGCAGUAAUUGCAUUCGCAGGUGCAUGUGAAUUCUCAAACACAAUGUGAAGUCACGUGUAUUGGCAAGGCAUCCUUCGCCCGUGAAAUCGGAAGAGACUUACUAGGACUGCAUACUAUGAGUUCGGCUGCAUUGUAUGUCCUUUCAACGGUGGAACGUAGCUGUCGUUUGAUAGUAUUUAAAAUAGUGUCGCCAUUAAAGGGCAAAUAUAUAAAAACGGGCUUUUUCGGAUCUGAAUGUUCUCUCAGUGUUGGUUGUGUAGAGUUGCUGUACGUGUGGAUGAAACGUGCAGGACAUCUUUGCAUAGGCAGAGCUUCCUCAGGGCGUGCAAGUUCUGCAUACAGUAUAUCAUUAGAGCAAAUGUUCCUAGCCCUUUGGAAAAGAGCGUAUACCAGGCUACGUUUCCAUCGUAUGUGUACAAAACUCAAAAAAUGCAAGUAAUGUCCCUUCCAAGUACUCUUGUGGAGAAUAAAACGUCGUAUAGAAUCAUCUUUCUGUGUAAACAUAAAAACGUCCAGAAAGGAUAGUUGAUCGUCCUGCUCCUUCCCUAUUGUAAAUUUGAUCCUUGGAUGUGGCUUAUUCAUAAUAGAAAGUAGUUCUUCAGCCUCCUUAAUGUCUCCAACAAUAGCGAAAACAUCAUCCACGUAUCCUUUGUAGAAUAGCAGCAUGUCAAAUCUCGCGGAAACUUUUUCUUCUAGAUGACCCAUAUAGAUGUUAGCAAAGGUAGGGCCGAGAGGACUUCCCACUGCCACUCCGUCAAUUUGUCUAUAUAAUUGGCUGUUAAAAAGAAAUUGAAAGUUCUUUGUACACAAUAUUAAUGCGUCUCGUAGUGCUUCAGGUGGCAGACGGGCUUCAGAUGCAUGGGUACAUAUGAUGUAUAUGGUUUCAUCCAGAGGUACAUCAGUGAAAAGUGAUUCCUCAUCCUGGGAUAUCAUGUAUUUCCCCGAAAUGUCUUAAUUUUUGAUUUCUUUGAUGAAAUGAAAGCCGUUUUUUAGUGUGUAAGUAGAAAACCGUUGUCGGAUUAGCUCUAAAUUUUUGAAUAUUCACUGUGCUAGUUUGUUAAAAGGUGAAUUAUACAUAGACAAAAUUGGUCUUAAGGAUAUAUCCCUUUUAUGCGCUUUUGGUAAUCCAUACAUUCUGGGUGUAUAUGAACCCCUAGUUUUUAGGCAAAACGCUGUUUUGUAGUCCAACAAAUUGUUGUCCAGCAACUUUUAUUGUUUUCCAGCCGGAAUCCUCCAAUGCCUUGGUUUCUUUCUUACCCGAGGUUUCUAAACAGGAUUCGCUCUGAUCACGUAAAAUAACCUCCAUUUUUUGUCACGUAGUCACUUCGAUUUAUAAUGACAACCCCAUGUCCCCUGUCAGAUUUGGAAAUUAUUAUUUGUUUAUGAUGUAUUAAAGCAGAUAGGGCAGUCAUGUGUUCUUUAGUUAUGGGUGUACUUUGUGUUAGUGGAGCUCUGCGGUACUGGUUCGAAAUAUCAACAAAUUUUGCUUUCAGGCAGACCACGUCGUCAAGCAGGAGGAACGUGGGAUUUUAUUUUCUUGCUUUAGUAGUCAUCUGGGCUGGUGCUCAAUAGAUCUGACUGCCAACUGCCCUUGCAUUCGCCCAAAGUACCUGCACACGCAAGUGCAUGUGAAUCCAUAAACAAAGGGCAAGCAUCACUUGCUCUAAGAGCCAAUGAAUGCAGAAAAUGUGUGUCUUAAAGUGAUUCUCUUUAAGCGUGGAUGUUUUGCACGUUCCUUCUACAAGGACAGCCAAUCUUUAUGGCCAAAACUGACGGAACAUUCAGUUCUAAAUGGUUGCACUGCACCACUGAAUGGACAUACAACGCGACCAAACUUAUAUUAUGCAAUGCUACUAGGCCUCUUCGAAUCCCACGUUCAAAGGAUGCCUUGUUAAUGCACGUCACUUGAGAUUGUACUUGCGGAUGCAAGUUCUGCGGGCAAACGCAAAGACAGUUGGUCUAUUGAGCACCUACCCAGACGGUUUCUAGAGCAAGAAAACAAGAUCCCGCGUUCCGUAAUUACUAAAUAUCUGCUUAAUAGUAGCCACUCUCUCUCAAUCUAAAACAACCUUUUGAGUCCUUGUCCGGGCAAGAAAAACUCGGACACUGCGUCACAGGGAGGCGGCCUAUAUAUGACGGGUACGAGAUGACUACUUAUGUGGCAUGCAUUUUUCUCCUUGAUCUCGAUGCCCCUAAAAGUCCAAUUAUAUUUCAUGGAAAACAUACCUAGAAAUAUUCAUUCUUUCGCUCAUUCGGCAGAAAACUACCUCUUCUUUUAAAUUUGCACACUAAGGACGGACAUAAUUCGGUUUUAUAGAAGUUUCUAAUUGUGGGACGUUUAAAUACCGUCAAAUGGCCCUUCAUAAAACGUCAUGUCUCUGCAUUUACCAACGUCUCUUGUAAAGUUUAAACGUGGCUUAAAUCCACUGUUUAAUUUUAUGAACCCCGUAUGGUCUCCUCUCAAUACCGAUUAGUCGUUGUGAAAUUCGUUAGUACCGGUAAAUACUGCUUUGCACUCUAGCAACAACCCCGUAACGGGGAAAAAGUGCUUCAAGUAGAAUAAAUUCAACUUGCUUCAGUCUAUCAGGACGCGUUUAAUGUCGUUACUUGGAAGGAUUAAAAAUGACGGGACGCGUCAUUUUUUCUCAGACCUGCCAGUCAAACUGCGAUGGUUCAAUCUCUCCGUGUGACCUUUGGGACUUUCUCACUGGUUAGAGAUUUGUGCCGUUCUCAUAAGGGCCUAGUACAUGUAGUGGGGAUUAGGUCGUGUGAGAAACGCCUAGGCGAGUUGUUUAACUUUAUCUGCCAACGCGCCUUACCCCACCUCCGGUCAACCCAACACUGUGUUACCAUCGAAGCAGAUGGACUUAUGGGUGCGUGGGAGAGACUUGGGUAGAAAUCGCGCAGGUCUGCAAGUCACUGGGUGUUGCGCACAUCCCGUAGGGCACGAGAUGCUUGUGGUAGCUUACGGGGAUCUAACUGAUAUGUCUUCAUUCAUUAUGACACACCUGUAACAUGUUUACCUAGGGCUAAAUAAUGUUCGGGCCACAUAAAGUUUAUUUGGCGAGUUACAGUGGACUCGGGUGUCGUAUUCACCCACUCGAUAGUGGACUUGCGUCAAACCUACCGGGCUCUUUUCGCCUCCACCAACAGGAUCCAGUGUCCAGACAAUGUCGAGAAGACCGGAGACCACAGGUGGCUGGCACUGGGAGUGAACCCGAACCUGAGCGUACCACCACAUCUCCCCCCCCCGGUCCACAGCGGACACUGAACAGGAUUUACCACAACAGCAAAAAUAGGGGAUGGCACAGAUAUCGAUCGGCGCGGCACGAGCCUGUGAAUGGGCGUACCACAACACCUCCAGUGCUGGCGUCUGCGCGUCCCGAAAACGCCUGCGGGCUUCUAACUAGCCUCCGUUUUGGUCCAUGACAUCUACCGCAUAGUCAAUUUGAUAACAGCCACCAUACCACGUACAGUGAGAGACUGAUCUCAUGAAAUGUUGGCCGAAAUUCCGAAAUGCGUUUUCGAUUUGGAAGGAUUACUUAGGAGCGAUGGUAAUACUGAUUAUCAUGCGGCAUAAUCCAGUAAUAUUUCGGACUUGCCAGGAAGUUGGCUUUUAGAUUUACUCCUUCUUGACCUCCGGGAAAAACCACCUUCGAAAAAAAUAACGGUUACUUAAUGAACAUGCAUUUUUCGCAUUGAUUUUCGACGGCCUUAUAAAUUCAAAUAUAUUUUAUAGAAGACAUGCACUCCAAUAUGCCUUCUUCUACUCAUUUGGUGACAAAUCACGUUGACUUUACACUUUUUGCAUAAAGAAAGGGUAUAUUUAGUUUUUUAAAAAGUUUCCCGAUUCCCCAAUGAUUUUGAGCCUGAUCACCCGUUGCAUCGGCGUUUAGCGAUUUUAUUCUACAAGGAGCAUGCUUUCCGUGUAAGGAAAAUAAUUUAUUACUCUAUGCCUUUAAGAAGAUACUAUUUAGAGUUCAUGAAAUCUUGCAAUGAGUGUGGACUAUGUUGUACAUUACACGAGGAGCAAUGGUAAACAGACGCGUACGUACAUUGCACGGUCUUAAAGAUCGCAUAAUUUAAACCUUCUUUAAAACCUAAGUGCACACUGUCUUCAAGCAAAACAUAUAAAGUCGACGUGAUUUGCCACUGAAUUUGUAGAAAAAAGCAUAUCUUUGUGCAUAUUUUCUGUAAAAUAUAUUUGAAUUUAUAAGACCACCGAAAAUCAAUGCGAAAAAAUGCAUGUUAAUCAAGUAGCCAUUUUUUUACCAAAGGUGGUUCUUUCAGGAGAUCGAAAAACAGUGUAUUCAAAAGCUGACAUCCUGACGAGUCCGAAAUAUUGCUGGACUAUGCUGCAAGAUAAUCAGUAUUACAACCCCACGUAAGUAAUCCUUCCAAAUCGAAAACGCAUUUUAGAAUUUCGGCCAACAUUUCAUGAAAUCGGUCACUCACUGUAAAAUGAGUCAUUUCUGGUCCUGACGCCCUGAAGUCCUGUGCUUGUCUUUAAGGUGCUUUAUUCAACUGUCUCUGCACACGGGGGUGGGCGGCCGGAUUGAACACUCCGAUGCCUUGCUCUGGCGCGUAAGAUCUACUAGUUGAAAUCAGUAGUAUUGUCCGACGUCGACCGGAAAACAAAAUAAACCCCUCCAAAAAAACACUUGGCGAGACUUAAUCCGUACAGAAAUGGAAGAAAUGGAGCGCUAAACAAACCAAUGGUCUGCUCGACCUUCUAUUUUCCAAAAAAUAAUUUGCACGUAAAAGGAUUCCAAGGCAGUUUGCCUAGUUCCCUUAUUCUCAAGACUAAUAAGUAAUUUUCGUGAACUGCUGCAAAGCCGCUGUUGCCUAAGCCCCCGGUUUCAAUUUCUGCCCCCUGUUUUCCAGUUGUUCGUGGAUGCUUUACGACUUUGCUCGCGAGCAGAUCGGCCAGCUGAUGCCUACUCAUCGAUCGUUCUCACCCUGGGCAUUCACCGUCUCCUCACUCCGGGUUGUCCCUUGCCCGAGCCAAUCAUCUCGAGUCCACAUGGAACCCGCAGCCGGCCCUCUAGCAGACAGUGUCAACCACCUGCUCAGCACCAUGCUCUAUGCUCGUGAAAUACUCCAUUCUCUGCGUCUGCUCACUCGUCUUCUAAACCAGCUGGUCAACGUGAGUUCUGAGUUAUGUAAUAUGAGUAGUGCCUCUCAGUCGACGACUGCUCGGCUACCCAGCCUUGAAGGGUGACUGCAAAUUCAGGGCCACGUAUCGUCUCCCUAAAUCAAAAGUCCUCUAAGCGUCUGCUGUACCAGGAUCAGCAAACCGUGGCCCUUUAAGUCCGGCAUGCGCUGGCAGUUCUCCAACAUCUGGUCCCCUAACGCUAGACGCGCUUGCGCUCUCACUGCAGUCAUUCUCGUCCCUUCUGCGAUGUUGCUGUUGGUUAAAUUCCAGGUCAAUUGUAUGAUAAUUGUAUAAUAACUACAUGUAGACACUGUUUUUUGGUAGAGGGGCGCUCACCGAUGGUUCUUACGGAACUCGCCCGUUCCGUUGUGCCUUACGGGCUCUCUCUCGUUACGGGACAUGAUCGCCCAGUUGUGCAUUGGGGUAUAGCCAAUCAGAAAUGACCAUCAUAGCCUCGACCCCGCCUUCUUCAGCACUUCUCGCCUGCAUAAAUUGCUCGCCAUUAGACGACUGCCUUCGAAGAUGUAGAUCAAACUUCAAAAGCAUAGCAGGACGAGGGGACUCCUUAAUGCAAUCGGUGAGCGCCCUCCAUCCCAGUUAAUAUUCUCGAUUUAGACCGACAGGACAAAGAACCCAUGACUCAGAGGUUAGGAGCAUUUGACUUAUAACCAAAGGGUCGCGGGCUCGAGCUGCUGACGGUUAAUAAGCCGGAAAAGAUCAUCCCUGGCCUCGUCUACUGGUCGCAGUGCAACUGUUUACGAGCCCAGAGGCGCACAGGGGCGGCAUGUCCAAUAAUCUGACCGGUGAGCACCGUUCACCACGAAAAUCGUGUUUUUAAUACGGCUCUUCAGAGUACGCAGAUAAAAUCCUAGCAGCACAGGUACUAGCUGAAAACCCGGACAAGUCUGUUUUGCUUAUAUUUCUCUCCUGCGUGACACAGCUGAGAGGGAUUCAGCUCAUCAGCGGGUCCCACGGCGCUCCGAAGAAGACACUCCAGUUUAGAAAUUGCUGCAUUUAAUUUCUUCAGAAAUUAACUGGUAACCGCUAAAAGCCUUUAGCUAGUACCUGUGCUGUUAUUAUGGCAUCAUCUUUCCCUAGAAUAUACUACUAACUGCCUGUAGGCAGUUAAUGAAUAUUACGCGGUUGACCGCUGUGAUUGAUGUGGUUCGGCCCAAAUAUUUAUGCAUGAAAUUCUCGUUCCGAACCUAUAAACCUUGAAUAAACUGAUCUACUCCAAGUUCAUUGUUUGCAAAAUGCCGCGUUUUUGUUUCUUCAGAAAUUUACUGGUAACCGCUAAAAGCCUUUUGCUAGUACCUGUGCUGUUAGAAUGAUAUCCUCUUUCCCGAAAAUAUACUACUUGUUGCCUGUCAGUAGUUAGUGAAUAUUACGCGGUUGCCCGCUGUGGCUGAUGGGCUUCGGCCUAAAUAUUCAUACAUGAAAAUCUCGGUCAGAGCCUACAGACCUAAAAUACACUGGUAUACUCCAAGUUUUCAAUUGAUUUCUGACGUAGUUAAAAGGUAACAACUUCUAAAUCGGAGUAUCUACUGUAAAGUAGAGGGGGGAUGCUGGGGGACCCACUGAUGAACUGAGCCCCUCGCAGCUGUCAUACAGCGGCAGAAUAUCGGCGAAACACCUGGGUAUGGGCUUUCGGCUAGUCUGGUAUGGUAUUCCCUUAGCAUAAAGUAAACUACUAGUAGCCCGUAGGCAGUUAAUGAAUACUGCGCGGUUACCCGCUGUGGCUGAUAGACCUCGACCGAAAUAUUCAUGCAUAAAAACUGAGGGCUGCACCUAUAGAUCUUAUUAUAAAACCGAUCUACAGUAGGUAGGCUUACUCAUGAAAUGUUAACCGAAAUUCCGAAAAGCUUAUUCGUUUCGAAAAGUUUCAUUAAGUAGGGUUGUAAAAUCAAUCACCAUGCAACAUCAUUCAAUGAUAAUUCAGUUAUCUCAGUAUGCCGGCUUUCAAAGGAACUCAUUUCCGACAGCGUGCGCAGUCCAUGCUCUGUAAAAAACGACUACUGAAUUAGCAUUCACUUUUCAUUUUCAUUUCAUGUUCCAUUUCCCGAACAAUUUUGAACUUUGAUCUGCCGUUACCUUUGUAUUCAGGGUUUCCAAACUACAAGCCGUGUAGUUUCCCCGUACGGGAAACCGAAAAUUUCUCUACUGUGUUCAGAUGAGAUCAUAUGGGGUUCUUAGAAUUUAGCCAUGCAUUUGAGCCAUAUUGUUAACUUUGGAAGCACCACUAGAAAAUGAAGAGGCAUGACAAUUAAUGGACGAACAUCUCAUGUUAUUAAAAAAUCUCACAAUUAGAAACCUUUUAAAACCAAAUUAUACCCUUGCUUCGAGUAAAAAAUCGAAACAAAACGUAAUUUCCCACAGAAUAAGCAGAAUAAUCAAUAUUUUGAUGCAUGUUUUCCCUGAAAUAUAAUUGAAUUUUCAAGGACAUCGAAAACAAAUGAGAAAAUUGCACGCUACUUCAGUAGUCGUUCUUCUACAGAGUGUAGUUCCGGUAUGCAGCCGGAAGGAAGUUCGUUUGAAAGUGGACAUCUUGAAGUAGCUGAAUUGUGUCAGAAUUAUGCUGCAGGCUGAUUAGUUUUACAACCCAAUUUAAUUAAUUUUCUCGAAACUAAAACGCACCUCGGUUGACAUUUCUUGAGUUAGCACGCCUACUGUUGUUCAAAGUACGUAUGGUGUUAGAACGGCAAAUAAUUACACAAUUUGUGAAGAAAUUGAAAAAAAACAAUGCUUGCUCUGCCCUGCCCCUCAUUCCUCCGACUAGUAUGACGCCAGCAGUGAGGGCUGUGGUUCCGCGCUCAUGCGAAUGCGUCACUGCGCCCUCUGCUCCGGACACCUGCUGACCUACCCCUGUCCGGCACUUUGCAGCGCAACGCUGGACUUCUGCCUCCGACCCCUGCUCGCCCUCAGGCCUCUCUGGGAGGGAAUAUUUGGUAGGUUCUUCUGCUACCGUUGUUGACGUUUCCUCCUCCUAGGAAGGUGCUGGUCAGCAGCUGCUACCGCACGUUUCCGCUUGUCAUUUCUCACAACUUCCUGAAGCCUGGCACCGUUGAACAGCACAGUUCAAGCAUCGAUUUCGAUGAUGUCCACCGUGUGCCCCACAGACUGCAGGGACGGCGAAUUACGCAGGGGUUUAUAGUGCCAGUAGACUUGCGUAGCAUCUACCUACACUCUCUCCUCCCCCGCCCCCCCGCCUGAGCCCGGUGUCAAGGCCGAGUCAAGAAGACCGGAGACGGGGGAGGCCGCAGGUGGAUGGCUGGGACGGAUCCUCGCCUUGGCGCUCCACUCCGCACCCCCUGGUCCACACACAAAUGACCAGGAUUUUGACGACAAAACAAUGGGGUGGUGGCGGUGGUCCAGUUGUGCGACGAAUGCCGACAACAGGGUCCGCCAGCGCACCCCGCAACUGCUGGCAUUUGUUAUUGCGCACAGAUAACGCCUGCCAGAGUCCGGUGUGGCCCCCGUGUUGAUCCAGCGCAUCUAACACGUGGCCCGUUUUGAGGGCACGAACAGCACAGUACACAGACAUAAAACCACACAGAAGCAUCAGAGUUCCCUUUAGCUGAAACAGAUAUGGCGAAUUAACUUUAAUUGUCAUUAUACGGAAGCAAACAAGCAGUCAUGUUGGACACCUCUGUCAAAUUUGACGAACAAAUUUACAUAAUCAAUUAUUUUAGUGCGUGGGCCUGACAAAGUCGAUCCGACGUUGGCAACUCUACUGUUGAGUUUUAAAUGACUAGGUCCCUAGCUAUGUUUGCGAGUUCGGUUGCAUGCCAACAUAAAUUCUCUAGAAGAUCACCAUUACCGGACUCCGUCUCUGAUGAUGGAUUCGAGUGAGAAUCUGAAACAUUAGGCUAAUAAAGCUCUUGUUCCAGCGGUCGUGCCUCCCUCUUCGAGGUCAACCUUUAUUUACAAAUUUACGAAUCUUUGCCAGAUAUCUGAUAAGCAGCAGACCAAAUUGGAUUAUAACAAGACCGCCCUGUGUGACCUAAAAACUUUCUAAUUGGCCGACCACUUGUUUCUCUAUUGAGCCAUCUCAAACAACCGUCUAGUUUCACCAAGUUAGGCAACCGUUUGUAUCUUAUGGCCGUUGUCGUAAAACGUUUUCGCUUGUCAUAUCUCCCAACUUCCUGAAGCCUGACAUUGUUGAAAACCACGGUACACAAAAAUCCAGCAGAAUAUAAGCAUAAGAGUUGUGUUUAGUUGAACCAGAUUUGGCACCUUAAUAUGAAUAUCGCAAAAUUGUAACGAUGUGGAAACAAGCAAGCAAGCAUGUUGGACACCUCUGGCAAAGCUAACGAAAAAAUUGCCAUAAUCAAUGGUAGAGGGACGCUCACCGAUGGUUCUGACGGAACUCACUCGUCCCGUUAUGUCUUACGGGCUCUAUCUCAAGCCCAACCAGCAGCCGCACAGCGGCGCACGGUAUAGUCAGAAUGCUAUUACCGACAAAGACAAGGAAUACUGGAAUGGCCAUUUCUGGUUUAUUUGUCGUCGUCAGCCAGUCAUACCCAGCCCCAAGUGUGGAACACCCGAGGCUCGAACUCGCGACCUUUUUAGAAGUCCAACUAUUGCCGAUCGAAACCGACGGGACAACAAGCCCGAGGCUCAGUGGUUAGAGGCAUUGGGCAUCUAACUAACGGGUCGCGAGUUCGAGCCCCAGGUGUUUCACACCUCGGGGUUGGGUAUGACUGGCUGGCGACAGCUAACAAGCCAGAAAUGUCUAUUCCAGUCUCCCCUGUCUUUGUCGGUAAAAAAAUUCAAUUAUUUUAGCAAUUAAAACGUGGGCUUGACGAAGUGGAAGAACCCACCUCUCGACCGGACGCUGAGACCCCUGCCGCUGAGUUUUAAAUGACCAGAUUCCCAGUUAUAUUCGCGACCUCCAUUACUUGCCACCACAAAACCUCCAACGAUCAACCUUGCUUUAUAAACUUGGAAAUCUUUGUUAUUUAGUUUAUAGGCAGAAGAUCGAAUUGGAUUCUUACAAGGUCCUGGUAGAUUUCUAAUUUGCCGACCUCUUGUUGCUCUCUUGAACUAUCACAAACGACCGUCUAGUUUUACCAAGCUAGGCAAACGUUUGCAUCUUAAAGUCGUCUUCGCCCCCCUAUACAGUAACCCCACGUCGGCGCGGAGGUCGAAUUGAGGCAGGGUCCGCCUGGCUAUUGUUCGACGUCACGGGGGUUCCGUUAGGAAGCGAACCGAUAACAAGAGAGAAGUUGAGCCAAACAUUAUUUAACUCACAACUCCCGGUAGAGUCUCGUAGAUGAGGUGGCUGGAGAGCGUUGGCUGCACUAAGGCCUCCCCUUGCUAUCCUGGGUUUAACUCCCACCGAGUUGUUAACAGUCGGGAGAUGGCACCCAAAAAAGCCGUCUAACCAAAGCAGCCUGUCUUACGGGACAGAUGGUAAUAGGGAUUUUAUGGGUGGUGGCUGGUCGGGAUGUACGAUACUUGCCGACGGAAAGGCUUAUUUGAACAGGUAAGUGAUCGAAGUUGCCCCGCUCUCCGUUCCGUCAGCUUACAGCACCAUAUUUGGUGGAUUUUAGACGUUGCGGUUGGCUGUGCGGGUAAAUUGAUCUAAAUGUGAUUAAACUCACGUCUGCCGGUGUGGCCUUGUAAUUUAGUUGGUUAGAAUGUUGGAUGCACUCAAGCCCUACCCCUUGCUGUCUGGAGUUCGAAUCCCACCGAGUUUGUCGAGUUUUUGCAGUUGGGUCGAAAUUAGUUAUUCAAAAUCUGUCAAACCAAUUAUUAACUCUAAAAGUAUUAACGAUGAAUAUUCACCUCCUGCUUGCUAAUCCUACAGAAGGUUUUGCCCUCUGCAUCUUUCCAACCCCACCGCUUCUGGUAUAACGGCCACGCUCCAAGUGAUGGUUGCUAUUUUGUUCAAAUUCUCUUAACCAAAAUGGAGUAAGAGGUUGGGCAUUUCCGGCCAUUUGAAUUUCGACUGGAUAACCGCUACAGCUAAAUCUACCAGACCAACAACAGGUACUAUACUUUGCCCGGACGGUUCCCCCUUAGAGUGAAGUAAUUUCCACUAGGGGCGGGGUUUCACAGGUGCCCGCAGUUAGGGGACUAUAAAUUUCUAAAUUCGAGCACUUUUUCACGUCUAUGUCACCGCCUUGUCCACAUAAUCCCUUAAAACCUUCCGACGAGAUUUUUUCGAAAUGCAAUAACCCUACGGCCAGAACGCUCCUAAAGCAAAGAUUUAGGCAGAUAGGGUUGAUUGAACAGACAGCACUCCGGUGGCAGAAUGUACACGCAGCUCAGGGGACGAUGACAGCAAGUGCUCUCUCAGCCGAGUGACAGCCGUUGCGGUUUUUGACCUCUAGCGCGAAACGCAUGCAUGCGCCUUUACGAUGUCCACCUUCAACGAAUCCAUGAGCUCUUGUCAUAUUGGUACGGUUGGUGGGCUAACUCAUGAAAUGUCAACCAAAAUUCCGAAAUGGGAUUUCGUUUCGAAAAAAUUAAUUAUGUAGGAUUAUAAAACUAAUCGGCCUGCAGCAUAAUUAUAUAAUGAUCCAGUUACCUCUGGCUGCCAGCUUUCGAAAGAGCUGCAUGCAAAAACUGCAUUCUGUAAAAAAUGACUACUUGAGUGGCAUGCAUUUUUCUCGUUGAUUUUCGAUGCCCCUAAAGGUCCAAUUAUAUUACAUGGAAAACAUGUAUAAAAAUAUUUAUUCGUCUGAGCAUUCGGUGGAAAAUUACGCCUUCGUCUAAUUUUAUACUCGAAGGAGGGGUAUAAUUCGGUUUUAAAAAGUUUCUUAUGAGGUGAAAUGGCCGUUCAUAAAUCGUCAUGUCUCUGCAUUUCCCAUUGUCUCUUGUAAAGUUAACAAUAUGGAUCAAAUACACUGCUUUCUUUUAUGAACCCUGUAUAGUCCCCCUUUAUUACCGUAGAGAAAUGUGUGGUUUUCCCUACGCGGAGAAUAUACGACUUGCAGGUUGGAAACCCUGAAUCCAAGUGUACCCGUAGAGCGGGUUAAAAAUUAUUCUGAAAUUGGACAAGUUUUUGUAAACGGAAUUACAUCAUUCCUCCGAGUAUGAAUUUGAAAGAAGACGUAAUUGUCUACCGAAUGAGCAAAAGAAUGAAUAUUUUAAUACAAUUUUGCCACGAACUAUAAUUGGACCUUUAGGGGCAUCGAGAAUUAAUGAGGAAAAUUCAUGCUAGAUACGAAGUCAUUUUUAACAGAACGUGGUUUUUGCAUGCAACCGGAAGGAAGUUCAUUCGAAAGCAGGCAUCCUGAGGUAACUGAAAUAUUACUGAAUUAUGUUGCAGGCUGAAUAGUUUUAGAACCCUACUUAAUUAAUCUUUUCGAAACAAAAACGAAUAUUGGAAUUUCUGUUGAGAUUUCAUAAGUUAGUCCACCUACCGUAUGUCCUAUCUUUGUCGGCAGCACUUCCUAAACGUGCAUCUAACUCGCGCAAAUACAUUUUCCGUGUAAACAGACGCCUACCAACCGAUAAGCAGUCAUCCGGGGAAAGCUCACGAAUGUAUGUUGCGGAGUGAUCAGCUGUUCAAAUAAACACAUCAAAAACAGGAUGAUUUGGAUUUGGGGCCACAGCACGGGAACCACAGGAGUAAGUCUGGGUUUAAAAAUUUUGGGAACAAAGAUGGGUGAAUGCGACGAAAGAUGUUGUGCCCUCCAGGACCGGAACUGAACGAAAAUAAUCCGAACCAUACGGCCAUCAUUUAAUAUUUUUGAGUGGGAAUGCCUGGGCGAGAGUGUAAUUAAUUGGGCAAAUUUAAACGGGCGGGAGUUAAGUAAAUCGAAACAUUUGGAGAAACGUCAACAGAUCAUCAUUUAGACAUUUCCUUGGGAAUUGUGGAACAACCUGCUUUAUGCAGUAGGAUGUGUGCUUCUCGGCGUAGAAAAGUGUCCAAAAUUAUCUUAGAAUGAAAUGCAAUCUCGAUCCGAACUAAACCUCCAGACAACGACAAUCUCAGUACCAAUCUAAUGUCACUGUUAAAUGCUGUACAGUAUUCCAGCGAUAACAGUACUAACAGAACCAUCCGUAAACUAUAGUGAGUGACCGAUCUCAUGAAAUUUUGGCCGAAAUUCUCUAAUGAGUUUUCUUUUGAAAAGGAUUACUUAGGUAAGGUUGGAAUAGUGCAUUUCAUGUGGCAUAACCCUAUACAAUUUCGGGCUCGCCAGGGUAUCAGCUUUUGAAUGCAAUUUUUUCGACCUUCUGUAAAAAUCACACUCUUUAAAAAAUAACUGCUCAAGUCGCAUACAUUCUUCACACUGAUUUUCGUUGGUCUUAUAAAUUCAAAUAUACUUUACAGAAGACAUACACAAAGAUAUGCUUGCGUUUCUUCAUUCGAUAGAAAAUCAAGCCUUUGCAUUUUAUAUCCGGGGAAAGGAUGUCUUUCGGUAGGAGUCUGUUAAGCUGUCCUGGUCCUAAGUGUAAGCGCAAUGUGGGCAUUGCAAGUAAAGUAAGCCGAGGGAGGAUGCUGACUUUGUUAGUGGAGAAAUAGCCAAAGAUAAAACGGGAAAGGGCAGCCUGAUGUUUCGGUUUAGAGGUAGGGUUAGUUUUAGGGUCUACGUUGGCGUCAGGCUGAGAAUUGAGUUUAGGGUUACGGUUUGUGUUAAGUUUACGGGUUAGGGUUAGAGUUAGGGUUUGGAUUGCAGUUUGGUUAGUGUUGGGAUUAGUGUAGGGUUACGGUUAAGAUUAGGUUUGGAGUUAUGGUUAGGGCAAAAAAUCCGGAAAAGGAAACGGUUAUUCAGUAAAGAACGAGGGUGCUCUUAGUGGACAAAGAGGGAAAGAAUUAAUGGGCCAGAGAUUCUGUCCUAGAGACACAGCUACGAGUUCAGGUUCCCGUUAAGAGGAAUAGUAGCUCUGGAUGUCCGGAAGAAUCACGACGCGCUGUCCUGACGUCUCGGUCACUUGAAGAUAAGAAUAUUAACAAACAGGCGGCCUCUGUGAUACCGCCCGUUGAGUUGGCCAGGUGCCCCCUUGACCGGAAACGAGAUCAUGCCAUCUUUCGACUUAUUAAUCUCCGAUAGAUGAGAAUCCGCAGCGCGCGUAAGAAUGAUCCCUACGGAUCGAGGAGCGAUCAAGCGCAUUUGGGAAAUUGCAGACUGCGUGGACAAAUGGGAGGCCGUCUCAUUGGACGUCAGCACUCAAAGAUUUCGCCUUAUUAUAUAUUAUAUCUCGCUGCAAGCGAGACGAUCGUCUUUCCGCUUUUGAGGUCAUCCGAGAGUGUGCAUGUUGCGUGUGAAGUAUACUGGCACCAUAAUCAUAAUCCCAACAUCACAAGCUUGGACAGCGCGGGAUCUGUAACUAUCUAAGCGUUGGAUUCACAAGAAGAUGUCCACAUAAAGUGAGGCUGAUCUAGUUCAACUUGUUGUCAGGCACUGAACUUAAGUGCUUUUUUUCAAAAAAGUCAUUUGUUCUUAACAAAUUCCUACGUUACGUAAUUUCUAGUCUGCAAAAUUUGAAAGUUUAAACAUUUUCUUAAAGUUUUCGCCACGGGUGGGUGGGCAGUGAUCAAGUAUGUGCACGUGGUAAGAAAAUGCCAAACAUUUUUUAACAAAUCCACCAGCGUUUGAAGACCUCUGCUUUACUGGCAGACGCCUGCAUCCAUCUUACAAAAUUCUAUGUAUUUUUUACCAUCUCACUGCUCCUUAUGCUCUAGCAUAUAAGUACUGGCUUGCUUGGAGCUCAACCUUAGGCGACUCCAAACGCGGCAACAUGUUAACGAGUGGUUAAUCGCUCCCACACAUUUGUGGAGAAAGCCGCAUCAAUGCUCGGAAACGCGGCCCUGCAGGGAAAUGGAGAAGCCUAGGCGCGUCCAAUACGACAACCGUAGUAGAAUGGGCUUUGCGGAUGAGGCUGCGGAAAAACAGUGAGGAAUGUGCAAAAAUUAAGGAAAAAACGCAACUAUUAUAGGUAAAUACGCCAGUUUGUUUUAGUGCGUCCUAGAAUCCCUGCGCAAGAGGCGCGCAACACCAAAUUCCCCGAAGGUUAUCGGCAAAAGCAAUUCCCCGAAAAAUAAGGACGAUGGGCCUAUCAGGGUAAUCGAAACUGAGCCGCUCAAAUUGUGACCAAUCAGAAGUAAGCCGUAGAGGCAAGUUGUAAAAAGUGGGUGCCGAAUGAAUCCUCAGCCCUAUUCCUAACCGUAAAACCCGAACCCUAGCGUAAUUGUGAAUCAUAAUAGCAGCGGUCCACGAAGCAUCUCAAGUUGAAGGUAUCCGCCAAUAUUACUACGCCUGCAAAAUUAAUUACAGUACGAAAGUGAUAAAUGGCGACCGCCUACUGAAAUUAAUAGUAGUACGGAAGUGAUAAUUGGUUGACCAAACGGGCCCGCGUUUCCGAGACCUGAUCUGAUUGCAGGAUAGACGUGAGGUCACCCGUUUGGACUUUGCUCUGUGAGUUUGCUGCCUGCAAAUGCGGUCGCAUGGUAACUAGGAGUCGAUAACUAAAUCUUUACCGGCGAGGACAGAGACGGGAUUGAAUCGGUCAUUUUUGGCAUAUUUCCUGUCGUCAUCCCAUGAUAUCUCAGUCUCUGUGAGCCAAACGCCCAAGAUUCGAACUCUGAGUCAGUCCAGCAUUGAGGACGUCUCUCACCACUAUGACAGCCGACUCGCGGGGAGGGGUAAGGCGUCAUCCAAUUGGCGACGGGCUCAGGAUCUCAAUUUCAGAUGUUGGGCCCGAGAAUGACGGUGACGCACGCAGACAAAGAGGGUACAGGCAAAGGUAAGGGAGAGUGUAUUGAUCAGUUCUGACUCAUCAGCGUCGUUGGCAUUCCCUUCUGAGAGAUUGCUCUCCGUUAUGAGUCUGUGUGCGGGAUAUUCGGUCGAGCCCCAAAGCACAACACGAUGAGCAGGUUUCGUAACCCGAUUAGAGAACACAUUUCUAACCGAUCGCAACCGACAGGACAAUGAGCUUGUGGCCCAAUGGUAGCAGCGCGUUAAAUCUAGUGACGUUCAAUUACCAAAAACCCUGCGUAAGAAUUACAGAUCGUUCGAAUUGAUUAUGCAUGGAGCUGGGCGUGGCUGACUGGUGACGGCUCGCAGGCGAGAAAUGACCGUCCACGCCACAUCUUUUAAAAUAAUGGCAAAACAGUGCACCUCAUACUCUUUUCAUAAGGCAUAACACCAACUUCAAAGGUGUUUUUUAAGGAGAUUGAAUAUGGAACCCCCGCUGUAUGUAACUUCGGGCCAAGUUCCAGGGGUACCUAUUCUCAUGCCCUAGAUUUAUCUACAGCACUCACACUAACCCUGAUCUGAACGCAAAUUCCCAUAGCUCAUAAGGCAAAAAGGAAAGAGUAAGUUCCAUAAGAAGGAUCGGUAAGCGCCCCUCUACCAUUGUAUAUUCCCGAUCGAGACCGACAGGGCAACGGGCUCCUGGCCCAGUGGUUAGAGGCGUGGACUUCUAUCUAACAGGUCGUGGGUUCAAACCUCGGCUGUUUCACACUUUGGCGUUGAGUAGGACUGGCUGACGACGGCUAAUAAGUUAGAAAUGGCCAUUCCAGUAUCCCUUGUCAUUUUCGGUAAUAAUAUACAAACUCCCAUAGCCCUGAAUCCACUGGAAGUUGGGCCAAAGUUACCUGUAAUACGUAACGAUUAAUAUCCCCGUGUUUAACAUAGCGAGGCUAGUGGAAUAUUUUAACUACAUACUGUGUGGACACCUACACUCGCGUCCGGGAUCGAGAACCGAAAAGCCUCCCACCUUCAAGAGUUAGGCUUGAAUGAAGCCUUGCAUUUACAGAACGGAUACGAAGAAUGGGAAUAAGUUACAAGCCUUGCAAGCCAUUAUGUCACACCUUCACACUUACUCGUCUUCAGUGCAAUGAAUACCCUGUAACAGUAGCGGCUUUAUUAUUAACGCGACUUAACCAAUUAAUGUUGGAUACUUCUCAAACGGAAAAUUUGUGGCUCGUAAUUUGAAAACUUCAAAAGUAAAUGCAAAGACAGGUGGGGAGCAGGAUUACAUGAGGUCUUAUAAACAUUUUAAAACCAGUAGAGACCUUUACGUCCAGUAUAAAAUUUGCAAAAAUCUGAUUUAAUGCCUAAGAUACAGAAAGAAUGUUUUUCUCAUUUUUCUGAAAACGAUAUGCAAACAAAUGGAAAAAGUUCAUACUACCUGAGUGAUUAUUUUUAACGAGAGUGAUAUUUACAAACAAAUGGUAAAACCUUGGUGUGACUGAAAUAUCUUAGGAUAACGCUGCAGGAUAAGCAAUUUUGCAGUCUCACCCGAGUAAUUUUUAUAAUGCAAAAACAAAUUUUUUGAAUUCCUGUUAAAAUUCCGUGAGAUAUGCUACUAGAUCUACAUCAUGGUCAGGGAGCGCAUGAGGACGCAAGGACGACUGAAGUUGAGUGUCUUGUGGUACCAAUAUAUGUCAUUUCUUCAAAUCGAUAUACUGUGAGCAGUGGGAGUAUUCGAGGAGGUGGAAAACACUGUUUUGAAGAAGGAUACACGAACGCUGGGAAAAGAGCUUUAUUUGCUUGACGUUUCGGAUUCCUGCUCGAACCCAUUAUCCAAGAAAAUAGCAGAUACGGACGUUUGAUGCGGAAGACGAUGCAGUCGCCAUGCUACUGCAUACCUCUUAAUAUUCACGGCUCCCCCCCCCUUCAUCAGGGAUCGUUGCACUUGGUGUACUGACUGUUUGAUGGCCGCCAUCUGCGUCGUCAAUUGCUGCAAUUUCAUCGCUUGCGAUCAUAGGCAGGCGGUAGCAUGGUGACUGCAUCUUACAAAUACUGCAGCCCUUUGUGCAUGAACCACCCUUAUCUGCUUUUGUCUCUGAAUCUGAAUCUUGAUCGGUGGACGCAAUUUCGGUACCGUAUGUACAGUGAGUGACUGAUCUCAUUAAAUGUUGGCUGAAAUUCUGCAAUGCGUUUUCGAUUAGGAAAGAUUAGUUGGUCGCGGUUGUAAUACAGAUUAUCUUUAGGAAUACUCUUAUAACAUUUUGGACUCGGCUGGAUGUCGGCUUUUAAAUGCACUUCUUUUCAAUCUCCUGUAGAAAGCGUGCACGGUAAAAAAUUACUACUUAUGUAGCAUGCGUUUUUCCCAUUGAUUUUCGAUGGUCUUGCAAAUUCAAAUAUAUUUUAUAGAAACCAUAAACAAAAAUAUGCUUUCUUUUAGUCAAUCAAUAGAGAAUCACGUCUUCUUUAUAUUUUAUUCUUAAAGUAGGAGUAUAAUUUGGUUUCAAAAAAGUUUCCAAUUAUGAGACUUUUUAAGACCGCAGAAUGUCCAUUCACAUAGCAUUGUACCUGGCCGUUUACCACUGCUCCUCAUGAAAUGUACAACAUAGUCAGCAUCCAUUGCAAAAUUUUAUGGACUCUGUAUGAUAUCUCUUUAAUGGCAUAGAAAAAUAUGUGAGUUUCUUUACGCGAAACGCAGGCACCUUGUAAAGUGAAAUCACUAAGUGCUAAUGCAACGAAUGAUCAGGCUCCAAAUUAUUCGGCAAUUAGAAAACUUUUUUAAAACCUAAUUAUACUUCUUCCUUAAAUAUAACAUAUAAAGAAGACGUGAUUUUCUACAGAUUGGCUAAAAGAAAGCAUAUUUUUGUAUAUGGUUUCUAUAAAAUAUACUUGAACUUCCAAAACCAUCGAAAAUCAAUGGGAAAAAUGCAUGCUACUGAAGCAGUCAUUUUUUACUACGCACGAUUUCUACAGGAGAUUGAAAAGAAGUGCAUUUGAAAGCCGACAUCCUGCCGAGUUCGAAAUGUUAUAAGAGUAUGCCUUAAGAUAAUCAGUAUUACAACCGCGACCAAGUGAUCCGUCCUAAUCGAAAAUGCAUAGAAUUUCAGCCAACAUUUCAUGAGAUCGGUCACUCAAAUUGUCUUUUGAAUUCUUCAAUGGAAAUUUUCGCAUUUUAUAGUGUCAGUACAUCCAAGUCCAAAACAGACACUCUAAAGUGCCUUUAGCAAAUCUCUUCUCUCACAUGGCAGUUAUUUUGAAAAGGAAAAUUGUUGAUGGUUUCCAAGCAGAUAAACAUGUUUGAGCCGGGGAGUAGAAGAUUGCCCCAACCAAUAGGCAGUUCCUUGCCUACCGCGGAAAGGAAAUGAUCUGCAGACAGGGUUUCUCCUCUCCCUGUUUCAUUUCAUUCCCUUCAAAGUGAAUGGGAGUGGGAAAAGAGCGAGCAAUUUCAGCAUAAAGAGGACACACAAUCUCCCAUCUAUCAGACGGCCACGCCCCGAGGACUAGAAGGGGGACAGAUCGGAAUUUCUUUUGGAGCAGUUCUUGUGGAACUGUGUCCUCCCCCACCCCUGUUCCCAUGUGCUUAUGCAGGACUAAAAAAGGAGCGCGUUAUUUUGAAUCACAAAAAAAAGUUUGGGUUGGAGGAGGUGGCUGAAAUAUUUGCAGUCUGCUUUUGGUGAGACACACGGAAAUACGUGUCCCUCGUGAUAAAUUCCAGGCGCACUUAGUCCCGUAUCUUUACCCUUCCGGAGUGCGUGUUUAUUUCUGAGGUCCUGUCAUGUUUUUGUACUUUCUUGUCUGGAACACAAAUUUAGGUGACUCCAAACGCGGCAACAUGUUACCGAGGAAUUGGUGUUUCCCGCUCAUUUGUGGAGAAAGCCGCAGCAAUGCUCGGAAACGCAGCCCUGCCGGAAAAUGGUAAAGCCCGGGCGUGGCCGAUAUGGGAGCCGCAGUAAGAGAGGCUGUACGAGGGGGGCGGCUGCGAGAAAACAGUGAAGAAUGUGCGCAUAUACUUAAUCCUUUCCUGAUUCGAGGAGAUCUUCUGUUGGUCUGUUGCGUCAAAUGACGGAUGAGGCGUUAUACUAGAAUCCGAAGUGGUUCCUGUGAUAAUGACUGCUGUUGUAAUGUGAUUUUUAAAAACAUUCACGAUUCAUACCUGAUUAAUUCCUCAAAGAAUCCGCAAGAAUCUCCAAGAAAACUGCAUUAACUGAACUCGAUCUGAAAGAUUUUGUAUAGCGCAUGAGAUUGAGUCUCUGUAGAAGGAAAGGUGGUGCUUCAAAAUGGUGAUCCAUGUGCAUUUUAGGCCUAAUCGAGUUGGAAAUUGCUCAGUGGAUUGAGUCGCCACGCGGGACCCUCUACUGGUCAGUCAGUCAACUUCCCGGCCACGUCAAUUUCGUAGCCAGAAUCAUCAUUGCUACCUUUUCAGACAAAGUGAGUUGCGUAUAUUUCAGAAAAAUUAGAGUUUUUUGCCUCCUUGAAAGCAAAGUAACUUCUAGAAUUUCUAUGCAAUGCAUGUGGAGUACGGUAGGCUUCGUGUGCAAAAACGCAGAAUUUACCGACGCAGUCUAUCCGGUUUAUCACUUACCACCUAUGCGAGGGAUGAUUCGUGUCUGAUUUUAUAUAGGCGAAGGUUUUCUUUUGGGCCAUUGAAAGCAGGAGGUACUUUAGAAAGAAUAUUGAUGUAGUCCAUGCUCUGGGUUACUCACACAUCUUAGGAUUCCUACAACGGACGAUAGAGAACGCACGAUGCAUGCUAAUAUCCCUAACUUUGUUCGGACUACUGGUAAGUUGGGUUAUGUCCGCGUUGGGCAUCCAAAACUCCUGAAACUUUUGCGACUAAGCAUGCAAGUAGAAAAAAAGACUGAGAAACUUGAAGGAAUAUGUGUGUAGGAGCAUUGCAUGUGGUCAAGUAAAUGAAUUCAGAAACGUUGACGGAGCUUGCAUUCACCGCCCUCAUGCGGGUCUAAAAAAACAGGUCCAUCCAUCUUCGCACUCUGGCGGACGUAAUUUCAACUUAUUUCCUAUAUUAAGUAAGUUUUCACCAUCAGCGACGGCAGGAAGUAGUUGUUGAAUUUUCAUAAAAUGUAGAUUAACAAUGAACCCCACUGUAAUUUGCUGUCAGUCAAGACUGUCACCCCCCCCCCCCGGGGCCACAAUAAUGAACUAAUGGCUAUCCCAGUGAUUACGACGACAGUUAGACAAUCGUAAAUGACGGCAACUUCCACCGCUGUUUUACGAGGUGGUCCGGUCGAGGUGCCUUGCAUUUAAAAGAGUGUGUACUGAAGUAAACUUCCACAGCAUCUACCUCACUAACUCCUCCCCCAGCCACUUUUCCCUGGUAAUAAGGAAGCGUUAGGGUGUUUGGUGUUGACGUGGGUGUAGGGACUGACAGGACCACAGAGUCCGACUACGUAUGCCUCAAACAGGACGCUGACGUCAAUUUACUUGUACUAGGAUUCAAUAAAUAAGGCCACCGAGGCCAAUUUGAGGGAACCAUUGGAGUCUUGAGAGUGAACGAGUCGUUCCGUCAACUGGCACCUUUUCAAGCGCGUCAUACUGAUUAUAGCGAGGAGUUCGUUAAUUUGCCGUGAAGAUUGAUUCCCCCAGUGUGCCAACUCGCUCUUCCCCUCUCCUCUCUUCUCUCUGAUAUGCACUAGUGACUUUUCUGAAUCAGGCUGACUAUGGAUGGAAUUAGACCUGGUGGCUAACAAGGCUAAAUAGAGCGUCGACGCGUAUCAAGCACGACCUGACUUCCACUUUAGGGAUAUGUUUGCACGUUGAUGUACGUUGGCACGCACGCAUGUACACACACACGCGCAUUCAAAUGGAUAUGCUAAAUAAGAAAAACCCUAAAUGUUUGUCUUGGGGAUUAGAUGGCCACAUGUUUGACCAAAUAUUUGAGCGAAAAACUUAUCUUGAUUACCGCCUCCGCGGCUUGCUGCCAUUAAAUUUUACAAACGUCAUGCGCUCUUGACAGACUACAGGGUCUGAAAUGUACAAUUACGGGAGGAUCGUUGGCAGGCAGAUAUGUUUUUCAGGAAAUUCGAGUUUCACCGCUGUUCCUGCUAAAUAAUACGCCAUCAUAUUGGUCUUGCUAUGUAACGUUAAACUAUCAUAUUUUUUUUAGGAAAACGGGACACAUGCGAGUCAAAAUUAACAUUAGCGCGAAGGCAAAUGACGGGUUACUUUGCCUGUAAUAGCCUUCAAUUAAGAACUAAAUCCAACUCCAAAGAAGGAGGAACUGAACUUGUAUAAACCCAAUAGUGGCCGGUGAAAUCACUUUUCAGACAUUCCUAGUAAAAUCUUGAUCACACGCAGAGCACGAGAAAUUCAUGAGAGAAGAAAAACAGGAACAGCAGUUGCCCCUCCUGGAUGUGCUUGCCAGACGAAACCUUAACGGUGAACUUGAAACGACAGUUUAUAGAAGGGCAACGAACACCACACAGAUUCUCAGUUUUCACAGCAACGAUCUGGUGGCUCACAAACGAAGCUGUGUGAAGACGCUUUUCAAAAGGAUCCAAACUCGUUGUAGCUAACCGGAGGACAGAGCACGUGAGGCCCGUUACCUCCGACACCAGUUUGUGCAGAAUGGCUAUCCGAGAGCAUUCAAAAGUCGCUGCCCACGCGGUCGCCACCAGAGAACUCGAACAUCAACGCCACCGACGAUAUGGCAUUCUCUACCAUACAUCAAGGGCGUUUCAGAAGCGACCGAGUGCAUUGCUGCGGAGCUAGGUGUUGGAAUUGCACACCGCUCCAAAGCUGCCUUGUGCAACAGGGUCUUGAAAAUCAAAGACCGGUUAAAGCCUGAGUAGCAAUCUGGAGUAAUUUAUCGCAUUCCGUGUCAAAAUUGCCCUUGUUACUACACAGGAAAGACUGGGCGCAUGCUCGGAUCGCGCAUUCAUGAACACAAGCUUGCUGUGCGACGAGGCGACGCAUUAUCGCAAGUGGCCGCACACAUCUACGAAAUGGGUCACGAGUUUAACUUCGAAGCCACCACAAAAGUCGCGAAAACGAGAAUCAAAACAGGCCGAGAAUUGAUUGAAGCCUGGACCUCGGAUUUGAACUCGGUCAAUCGAUUUAUCGAUCUGGCGCCGGCGUACAGAGUCCUGCGCAGUCAACUCCAGUCUUGCGGCGUCGGCCGAUGAUUGAUUUACAUGCCCUAUAACUGUCGCUUGUUCUGUUGCUGCUACUUCCUCUGACGAUGGACUCCUGUACGAGUCUGAAAGCUCCGAACAAUAAACAAAGUGUUCCGGUGCCCGACUCUUCUUCUUCACUUAAAUUCCUUGUUACAGUUUUUUUUCUCGGACGUCCAUUUAUGGCCUGCAUGGUCGGGGUAAAAUAGAUCCAAGUAUUUAAAAAUAGUUUUCAUUUUAAAAAAUCUUCUAAAAGCGGCUUCUUCUUGAGGAUUUUUAACCAGACUGACAUCUAUCCUUGUUCAUGCGCUCGGCCAAAGUUUCAGAAAGAAUGCCCACUGUACGAGGAUCCCCACCGUCCGGCGCAGGAAUUAACGCUCAGGCUAAAAUCGUGGGUGAAACAGGCUGAUGCUGCCUUCCGCAGUCGAUUGACGGGCCGGUCGCACGACAUCGAGGACAUUUUACUGAAGGUACGUCAACGUUUUUGCCUAUCUGAUUACAAAAUACGAAGAAGAGUGUACGGUCAUACAGGGUUCCAUAGAGACUAUAACCUCUUGUCGGUGAACACUUCUCAAGUACUGAUCGUUAAUCGCCAUGUGUCCGCCUCAGCUAAGGGGAUGAACUCGGAUCCAUCUCGCAAGCGGAAUGGAUAACUUCAGCUUAUCCGCCUGUGAUGGGAGUCUGUUAGUGUACAGCGGUAAGAACGUUGCUCGAUGAUCAUCCGACCUGAAAUCCGAAUCUCAAAUGUUCGAAAUGAGUUUUUUGCCGGCUGAUAAACAAGUCUCGUCCCUGUUCUUGUUGGUAGGAUGUCUGGAUCAAAUACAGGUUGUCUGGAAUUCUGGAAUGAUUUUCUAAAUGAUCACGCGAAACUGCCUAGCCUAAAUCAUGCGGACAGGGAGAAAGAAGGCUGGACUUACUAUCUCAGGAUUACUUGCCGUUGGCCGUCAAUCACGGACAAUGGAAGAGGGGAGCGUCCAGCGGCCGGGUUACGCAUCACACUCGUUGAACAAAGUGCGCGGGACCUAGGUCCAUGUGUCGCAAAACCCAGAUUUAAGUAGGGGCUGGUUGCUGACGGCUAAUAAAUUAAAAUGCUGUCAUCCAAGUGUCCCUUGUAUUUUUUCAUUAAUUUGCUUUUGUCUUCCUACUACUCCGUUGUUUCGGCAUCCUGCCGAUAGCGAUCGUGAGUAUUUAUCGACGUGAAAUCCGCACCCCGUUCACCACCUCCGGCCCGACUGCAUGAAGGAACUCGCCUCUUCCUUUUCUUGUCUUUAAAUUUGUUGCGCAACGACAGUCAAUUCGAACAGAAGGAGUACUGACAGCGACGGAGACAAUUGGAAUGAUCGAUUUAGAUAAAGUAGUCGUCGUUCGUCAGCCAUCCCCAGCAAUCGGAAGCCCGAACACGCGCUUUGUGGCCAUUUAAACUUGUGCCAUGAUCUCAGCCAUUCAUGUGCGAGUGCUCGUCAUCCCGCCUAUGGCAAUCGGAGAAGUAGCUCGCGUAAAGGAGAUUUUCGAUCAGUCCGUGCGCAGUGCCGCCUUAGUGCUUCCGCUUGUUCUGCCUGUCCAUAUUGAGACCUGUGGGGGAUUCAGAUUCACUUUUAGGGAAAAAAAGGACACAAACAUGUGUUUUUCGCACCCAUUCGUGUCGUUUCCACUGAAGCAUAAGCUACAGAUAAGUCGUGCAGCGUAGCACGCCAGCCUUCAGUUAAAAACUCCUUCACAAUCCGGAAGACUACCCAGUCAUUGCCUCCUUCAUCUGCAAACCUUUUGUUUUCACAUGUAUAACCAUGACGAGAAAAUCAGAAAUAUUCUGCUAUUAAAAUGCCUCCGCGGUUGAGGUGUGUUUUGAAGCGCAAUUUAGGUUCCUGAUGUUUUCCAGUUUAUCCGAAGAGAUGUUUGGUGGAACUAUGAAAUUCUUCAUCAGGCCUUUGCGGAGAGAACUCAUGCCAUGUCCAUACUAUCGAAACGAAGCUCAAUAGUUUUAUAAGUAAGGUUAACAUUAGUACCGUCUUAGACAGUUAACAUAAUAGUACAAACUUCAUGACAAUCGCCUAUGAACAGCAUUUUAAAAAGGAAGUGUUUUUCCUUUUCAGAGUCUUUUUUAAGACGUUAAUUUUUCCGUAAAAAGGCACAAAAUGCAACUUUUAAACGACAUUUAUUAAAAACUGUUAACGCAUUUAAAGGGACAUUAAAAACCAAUGAGAAAUCAUCCACCAGUGUUAGAAAUCUCCACAAAAAGUUGAAGAGCUACCUAACAUGCAGUGACUUGGUGUUGUGCCCACAAUUACAGAAUAUUUCAGCCCCACCCAGAUUAUAAAUUUGGAUUUACAAGACAUUUGUUUGAUCCUAUUUUCACAAACUAUAUCGAAAACUUUAAAUAAAUGUGAAUUCUGGCCGCAAUGUCUUAGUCUACAAGUUGUAGAGAGCUUUACUUCGAUCCUGUACCACGCACGUUUCCAUAACGACUACCAGGACCAACAAAUCUCUGACUUUCAGGUUCAGACUUUGGAUAAUUUUUGGCGCUCCUACAAAUUUGGCCAUGCCUUGGAGAGAUGACACUAGCAUAGCGAUCUCAGGUGGAUUCGAACCCACGACAGCAUGAGGAAGGUUUUGAUACAGCUAGCGCUCUUCGUCACAGAAAAAACACCUUGUCACAUAUAUAGUGCUGGGAGUUGCCCAAAUUCUAUCGCACUUGUGGCAUAUAGUGUUGGUAAAACUCCGGCCAUUAGACUACAGAAUUGACCGCACAGCAGAAAGAAUAUAAGAAAUUAGUAAGCAAUGCGUCCUUUCUGUUAAGGAUGACUAAAGUUCUGCCGGUGACGAAAAAAGAUAACCAAACCGCAGAAUUUUUCGCGUGUUAUCUCCCCAGGAGACAGGUAAAAUUUCUACCUAGAAACCUGCCUGAUACCCGCUGUUACUCAACUCAGUACUACUUGCCGCGUUUAUUAGUAGCAAGUCCAUCGCACUUAGUGCUUUCAAAUACGAAUCAUACUUUUGAUCUUAACCAGGGUUCUAUUUGGUUCGGUGCCCACUUGGUGUGAAGGACGUAGUCGACAAGUGAGUUAAUAGUCUGAAUAAUAAAAGUUAAUACUCAAGAAACGCCAUAACUCUGGGACUCAAACUCAUAACUUCAAGGCAUGUUGCUAAGUGGAGAAUGCUUUGCUCCUUUUCGGCCCCCCAUGCACCAAUUAAAUCUGUAGACUGGCCGACAGAUAGGAGUUCAGCAGUCACAUCAUUUUUUAAAAAUGACAGAGUCAUUCUGCUUGUCGAUGACAGGCCUUUAAAAUUGUUGAGCAAAAUUAUGCCUCAACACGCAAGUAGUGAAUUGUUGGACCCAAUCACGUCCAGCGACAAAGGAUCGCGAGUUUGAUACCGAAGCGCGGCAAAUUUGGGAUUGGAUAUGGCCGGAUGAUGACGGCUAAUUCGCCAGAAACUCGCGGAAAUUCUGAUCUCCCCCACCUUUGCGGGCACUCUUCAUUUGCCUGCAAGGGCCGGAAGUACAACGGGACGCGUAGGUCUUGUAACCGGAUUGUUGGACACACUUUCAACCUGUAUUCAACGGUCUUCGAGACAAUAACCUUACUUUGUGUCCUUAGGUUACUAACUGGCAUGUAGUUUCGGAUUCGCCUUUGAAUCUCCUAAUCUUAGUUUCCCUGUCAAACUGUUGUUGUGAUGACCUAUUCUUUGGAAGGCAUGCAUUCUUGCACUCGAUUUGGGACUGCGGAACACUGCCUAUAAAAUAAUUGGCUGCACUCAAUAGCAUAAACGUACAUUAAUUAUUCAGACUCUUGGGACUGAUUUGAGUCUGUUAAAGAGUUUUUCAAUGGAAAAUACUGUUUGCUUAUACUUGCACCAUGCAUAAUUUAGAUCCCCUGUAUAAGUAUCGCUCAGAGCAUACUUUUUAAAAAUAUUAGCAUAAAUACAUGUUUAAUGAAGAAAACGAUCGAAUUUUCUCUUUCAGUAACCAUUUGGACAAGAUGGCUUAAGAAACGUUAUUGAUAUUUAAUUAAAGUUUUAUUGCUUGCAGGAAAUAUUUUUAGUAAUUCCUAGAGAUGCCUUACCACUUGCGACCAUAUACCUAAAAAACUGGUUUUGACAUCGGUUUCCGACUCUCAUAGGGUAGCGGCUUAUAUGUGCAAAAUCAGACAUGUUCCGCUAGCACUAAAAAGGCCCUGCAUGCCUUAACUCGGUUAUUCAAAACAACAACUUUGAGUGCAUAUAAUUUACUAAUGUACUUCAGUUCCAAAGCACCGCGUUUCUCAAAAUCCAGUAUUAGGAAAUAUUUGCUUUUUACGCAGGUGUUAAUUUGAAAAAAAACAGAAUAAAUGUGUGACCUGACAGUUUUGAGUCAUUCAUUUUGACCUGACUUUUGAAAACUCAACCACUCGAGAGAAUUAAAACUCAGGAUCGCAAGAGGAGGCUUCCGUACAGCCAAUGAUCUAUCCAUCUGAGUUACGAGGCCCCACAGGGAGACGCGAGUUUAAGCAAAUUUGGACCAAAUUACCCGAGUUAUUCACAGCUGGAUUAAAAUGAUUUAGUCAAAAUCUGCCAAAACAUCUAUUAAAUACGUGAGCCUGGUAGUCAUUUUGGGGAUUCUAAAUUGACUACUUUGGAAGUCCUGCAUAGGCAGUCAACUUUUUCAGAUUGGAAAAGUUGAGAUAUCCGGGUUGAUUAAUUGAAGACGAAGACAGGCUCUCCGAUUGUACCUUGUGAACCAAUGGUUAUCUCGGGCAUUUCAUCGAGAGAAGCAGACGUUGGGCGCCCUGACAACGGCCAAAUGAGCAGCAACCCGAAGUCUGGAGGGCCAUUCCUUACGUUAAAGGGGUCUCUGAAGCGGUCACGCGACUGUUACAACCCACCAGAGUAGGCAUAGCCCAUCGACCACAAGCAACAAUUAGACGUCGCCUGAUGCAACCUAAAGACCCAUUGCCACCCGCUGAAACCUCAGCAGUCAUCUACAAAAUAAAUUGCAAUGAGGACGACUACAACUAUGUGGGCGAAACCGGGCGGAAGUUGCAAACUCGCCUACAAGGGCACAAAUCGGCCACUCAAAGGUUAGACCCUAACUCUCAACUAACAACACACGUUGGAGAAGCGGGGCAUACUUUUGACCUCCAGAAGGCUACCAUCUUAGGCCGAGGCAACACAAAAACAGAACGGCUAACUCUCGAGGCGUGGUUCUCCGAUGCCCAUUCUAUCAACAGGCAUCUGGACCUUCCUGCAGCUUACAAAGUCCUACGUCAUCACAAUCGUAGAGCUCAGGACCAAAAAACCACAUCGGACAUAAGAAGGCCGCACGGAGUUAGCCCGACGCUGAGUCUACUCGGUGAGGAAGAACAAGAACCGCCAGACCGACCGCCCGACAGAGAUUCACUCAGCUGCCCUCGACGGAGUGGUGACUCACAAAGCACACAGGCAAAACGCCCGUCCACCAUCUCCUGAGAGGCUGAGGCAGCGAGAGGCGAGAAAAAUCGAUCAGCAUAAGGCCGACCAACACAAGCUGCCACUUUAAAUUAAACUUCUGAUCGAUCAAGUGCAUUUUUCGCUUUGACAACGAAGAGCCGACCCAGCUCUUUGAAACGUCAGCACUUAAAUAAAUCUCUUCCGGAGAGCCUGUCUUCGUCUUCAGUCAACUUUUUGUAUCAGAUUUGGUGUUGCUACAAUACAAGGUUGGGCCCAUAACUUGUUGCAUGUGUGAUUAAACUCACAACUCGCGGUGAGGACUCGUGGCUCACGUGGCUAGAGCAUUAAGUGUACUCAAGCCUCUCCUCGCUGUCAAGGGUUCGAAUCCCACCGAUAUACCGUGUUUUUCACAUUUGGCUCAAAAUGAAAGACAGCAUUUUCAGUUAUCGCAAAUGACGCAGAUCACGGAGCAGGUGUAGAUUUGUGAAAAUUCCCUUUACCCCAGAAACCGGUACAAAGAUCUCACUGAAAGCACCACACCAGGAAUUAAUGACUUUCAGUUAACUGAAAGUAAAAGACUUAGUGGACGUAAUAGUAGGCUAGUUAAAAAGAACGAAUUUCUAAAGAGGAGGUGGAAAUACGAAUGCUAUUAUAUUCGAGUGGGGAAAGAAGGAUCAAUUUUCAAAAACACGAAAAUUCUGUUUAUAAAAAUGAUUAAAUAAAUAAAACGGCAAAACCGAAAUAAUGAUUCACGGUAAGUAACUGCCAAAAUUAGCCCAGUAUGCGGUACGGCAGCCAGUAAUCUCCCGAUGUUUUAUCGCGUGCAUUGGAAUUAUAUCACGAGAAUUUAAUAAAAAGCUUUCCGUUUCCGUGCUUUUGACAACGUGAAGGUGGUUUCGCUUGACUUUGCGUCAAAUGGGCAAACGAUUUAACAGGGUCACAUACCGACCUGUCACCUGUCAGAGAAUAAAAAAUUCCGGAAAUCCCAACGUGGUUUUUGUUGACUGUGACGUUCGCUGAAUUCUUUUGCGUCCUUAAAAUGUCAGUGUUCACAGUCGACGUUGUAAAAUGGCAUGUUAUGCAGUUUGUGUUUAUCAAAACCUCUUCUUACAUAGGACGUUCGCAGACAUUUGUUUCCAUACAUAUUAUGGGUUUGGUUGUAUUUUUAGACUCACACAAACGAGAAGCAUAACCAGUAUGGGAUGCUGAGUUCCACGAGAGAGAAAUUGUGAUGAAAAUGAUCUUGAUCUAUCUAAAAAAUCUCUACAAACGUGCGCAACUACUAGGUAAAAUGCACAAAUAUUCGCUGUGCUCCGACGUGAUUACGCAAAUUUCCGCCUUUAUACAGUAUGUGGGCUAACUCAUGAAAUCUCAACAGAAACUCCGAAAUGCGUUUCCGUUUCGAAAAGAUUAAUAAAGUAGGGUUGCAAAACCAAUCAUCAUGCAGCAUAAUUCUAUAGUGAUUCAGUUAUGGCAGGAGGCCGGCUUUCGAACAACGUUCUUUUCGGCUGUACCCAAAAGCCAUACUCCGUAAGAAAUGGCCACUUAAGUGGCAUGCAUUUUUUUGUUGAUCAUCGAUGCCCUUAAAGAUUCAAAUAUAUUUCAUGAAAAAAAUGCAUAAAAAUAUUCAUUCUUUUGCUCAUUCGGUAGAACAUUACGUCCUCUUUUAAUUUUACACUCGAAGAAAGGUUAUAAUUUAGUUUUAUAAAACUUUCCUAAUUCCCGAAUAAUUCUGAAUCCGACCUGCCGCCACACUUGCGUUCAGGAUUUCCAAACUACAAGACGUAUAAUUUCCGCGUACGGAAAACAAUACAUUUAUCUACGGUAUUAAGAAUAGACGAUAGGAGGUUCAUAAAAGUAAGCAGUCGAUUUGAGCCACAUUGUUAACUUAACAAACCCCAUUGGUAAAUGCAGAGACAUGACGUUUUAUAAAGGGCCAUUCGACCGUAUUAAAAAAUAUCACAGUUAGAAGCUUGUUAAAACCGAAUUAUACCCUUCCUUCGAGUAUAAAAUAGUAAGAAGACGCAGUUUUCCACUGAAUGAGCGAAAGAAUGAAUAUUUUUAUGCAUAUUUUCCAUGAACCAUAAUUGGAUCAUUAGGGGCAUCGAAACUCAAUGAUAAAAAUGAAUGCUACAUAAGUAGUUAUUUUUUACGGAGUAUGGAUUUGCAUGCGGCCGGAAAGAAGGUUAUUCGAAAGCCGGUGUCCUGGGGUAACUGAGUUUUUACAAAAUUAUUCUGCACGAGGAUUGGUUUUCCAAUCCUACUUAAUUAAUCUUUUCGAGACGAAGACGCAUUUCGGAAUUUCUGUUGACAUGUUAAGAGUUAACCCACCUACAGUAGAUGCGCUAACUCAAGAAAUGUCAAACAAAAUUUCGUAAUGCGUUCUCGUUUUGAAAAGAUUAAUUAAGUAGUGUUGUAAAACUAAUCAUGAUGCAGCAUAAAUCUAUAAUGAUCCAGUUACCUCAGGCUGUCGGCUUUCGAAGGAACUUAUUUUCGGCUACAUGCAAGAUCUAUACUCUGAAAAACUUACUACUUAGAUAAUAUGCAAUUUUCUCAUUGAUUUUCGAUGCCCUUGAAAAUUCAAUUAUAUUUCAUGGAAAACAUGCAUGAAAAUAUUCAUUCUUUUACUUAUUCGGUAGAAAAUCACGUCUUCUUCCAAUUUCAUACUCAAAGAACAGUAUACUACGGUUUUAAAAAACUUUUCUAAUUCCCGAAUAAUUUUGAACCCGACCUGCUCUUACACUUGCAUUCAGGUUUUCAAAACUACAAGCUAUAUAUUUUCCGUGUACGGAAAACCAUGCAUUUCUCUACGGUGUUAGGAGGAGACUAUAUGAGGUUCAUAAAAUUAAGCAGUGGAUUUGAGCAACAUUGUUAACUUUCCAAGUUACAUUCGUAAAUGCAGAUACAUGACGUUUCAUGAACGACCACUAAACAGUAUUAAAAAUCUCAUAAUCAGAAACUUUUUAUAACCGAAGUAUACUGUUCUUUGAGUAUGAAAUUGGAAGAAGACGUGAUUUUCUACCGAAUAAGUAAAAGAAUGACGAUAUUUAUGCAUGUUUUCCAUGAAAUAUAAUUGAAUGUUCAAGGGCAUCGAAAAUCAAUGAGAAAAUUGCAUAUUACCUAAGUAGUCAGUUUUUCAGAGUAAAGAUCUUGCAUGCAGCCGAAAAUAAGUUCUUUCAAAAGCCGACAGCCUCAGGUAACUGGAUCAUUAUAGAUUUAUGCUGUAUCAUAAUUAGUUUUACAACGCUACUUAAUUUAUCUUUUGGAAACGAGGACGCAUUUCGAAAUUUUGGUUGACAUUUCAUGAGUUAGCACAUCUACUGUAUUGUAUUUCAUGGGUCAAGCCACUCGCUACACAUACGGUAAGGGACAAAUAAAAUUUAUGUAAAAUGAAGCUUCAAAAGGCUAUGGUCCUGCAUUGAAAUUCCUUAUCGACUGUAGCAUACUGCUCAUGUAUCCCUAUGCAGCAGGUCCCAAAGGAUGCGCCACCUUAGGGCAAUGUUCUAAACUAUCCGAAUUGCCAGCCAAACCACUGUACCUAACUGCCAGUCAAGGAGGCACGCGGUAAGACCACUGCCAAGCAGACAGCGUAGCUCCGCCCACCAGUUAGGUAAACAUGUCCUCUACGCGUACGGCCAGUCACUCAUGUGUAACUGGCCUUCCACGGUCCCAGAAGACGGAUCCCUAUAGGGUUCCGAAGACUCGGACAGAUGCAGCAUCUGGUUCGAGCUUCAGAGGUUGCAAAACCUGGGGAUUGAUGUAUGACUGGCUGAUGGUUGCGACUGCUGGCGGAGCUCUAGACCGAACUCCAGGCACAAGGGUUAGAACAUCCCACGUAACGCUACCGAUGAGUAUCCCUCUGGUCGCGGGAUCGAGUCCCGGGUGUUGCGCACCUCGGGGUAGGGUACGGCUGAGAGACUGGAAAUAGCUGAUAGAAGUGAACAGGCGAGUUCCAAGAAGCAGUUCAGAAAAAUGAGAUCACUAGAACAAUAAGUUUAUUGGCCUGACGUUUCGGAUGUUCACUCGAAUCCAUCAUCUUAGACUGCCUUUGAUAAUGAGUUCGAGUGAGAAUCCGAAGUGUCAGGCCAAUAAUCUUCUUGUUCCAGUGAUCGCAUCUUCUUUUUACGAGGCUGGAAAUAGUCAUUCCAGUCUGCCAGUAUCGGGUUUAUUUAUCGUAAUCUCUUCCUCCCUUACCACAGGGACUCUUGACACACUUAUUCACUCUUCUAUUCUGUGCAGUUUUUUUAUCUCAACAGUCGAUGUAAAAGUUUCCGCUACUGUUACAUGGGCUACAGUCCCCUAAUAACUCACUCUCAUCUCCCACUGAAAAAUUGUAAACUUCUGCCUUAGGAAUUUCUGACGCCGUUGUCACCCUGGGAAUUGCGCGGAGGGAGCCCUGUUACCACUCCGCUCUUAUACAAGCAACGGUAAUUUUACAGAAAAUUCUCGUCCACACGGUGGCGAGUCCCUUUCUCGGGUUCCCUUGUCCACCUGUCAGCAGUACUGAUAGUGAGAAGCAUUUUAAUUAAAGCAUUAGCUCCGCAUCGAUCAAUAAAUGUCAGACGCCUGGAAAAGCAGUAGUAGUAGUAGUAGUAAUUGUAGUAGUAGUAGUAGUAGUAGUAGGUUAGGCCUUCAGCGCGAACGAAUUCUUGUAAAUCGGGAAGAAUGACUGCCGCAGUCCGUAUAGGCCUAUAGUGCCCUAUUUAUCCGUUGUCCAUGAAUUUAAAUAAGCAAGACUUUGACUGUCUAACAUGGCUCUACACGAAAGGACCUCAAAUGUGACAGCUCCAAGGAGACCACCAAGACUGAGAAUAAUUCAACCUUCUGAGUGGAGUUCACUGGGCUAUUUUGAUUGUAAUUUCAGAAGCCGCCGGAUGGUAGGAUAACCUUUUUCCAUCCUCAAGUAGAGCUCAAAUGGAGAGGAUCUUAUAGAGACGCUUGGAGCAUAGUCACUGACGUAUCCCAUGCUUGUGGCUAGAGGGGUUAGCUUAAGUAGGUUUGUAGUAUUUGUUUCCUUGUAGCAUAAUUUCAACGUAUUUCAGUCACGACGUUUGAAUACAUACACUUCCGACCGCUUGCAAUAAUUUCUCAAUGAUUUUGUGUUUUCAUACACAUCCAAAAAUAUUUUGCAAAUAGCAUGCUCAAAAGUAUCCUUCUUUAUGUUAAUUUUGUAGUAAAGCACAAUUCCUUUUAAUUUUCUACCCAAAAGUAUAGUCUUUGAUUUAUUGAAGUGAACGAUUACGGCAUUGUUUAAAACCGUUAAAUUACCAAACAAGUACCACCAUAUCUGUCCCUAAUCAUUUUAAAAUGCUUUGAGUCUAGUAGAAUGUAUACUGCGCGUAACAUGGAAAACGUAAAAUAAUCGGUGGCUUAUAAACUGUACAAACUUUGAUGGCAUUUCAGCCAGGAUUUUCACUUCUUUUUCUAAAGGGUAAAAAUGCUCGACAAACUGACAUUCCUUUUUCGUAUGCUUCCACCUGGAAGCCUAAUUGGAAGACUGGUGAUCAAGACGUAUAUUCCGAAGCCACUUGCUUCAUUGAGGCAUGAUGAAUACUGAUUGAGCAGUAUUCUAACUAGUUGAAUAAAGCAGUCUGAAUUUCGAUCUCUGGUCUACUUUGUAGGAAUAAACCCCAUAUCUUAGAAUGAGCAUUGAAAAGUGCUUUCUCGGGCUAAUUUUGCAGGAUAUUAUGCUUUCUCCAAAUGUGGUAACUUUAAAAAUCACUUGUUUCGAUUUUGAGAGGAAGUUUCAAAUGCACGGGUAUCUUAUCUUUCACGCUCGCAUCGCUAACAGUUCAACCGUCACAGACUAUGUUGUCUACUGUGUGCUGGCGGACGCUGGGACGCUGAGAUGCGGGUAAAUUAUUUGAUAACAGACUUGUGCUGCAUCUAUCUCACACUACUUGUUUCCUCACCCACCUGAGCAAGGUGUCAAAACAAAGUCGAGAGGCCCGAAGGUGGCAUCGGCGGCGUGGCUGGCAGAGUUAAACAGUCUGUCUACGCGUGCCAUACAUGCCUGGUCCGCGCACAGACAACAAUGGCGGUGGGUGGCUCUGGCCACAACCGAGGUCACAUUAAUAUCGAACCGAUGAGUCGAACCGAACCCUCGCGUCGUUUGACACCCUUCCAAGGCACUACUCUUAGCACGAUCUCGUGGGUCCGGGCGCUUUGUUGCUUUGUCCGCAACGGUACUAUGGACCGGAGAAAGCGGAAGAGAGUUCCGAACGCGAAUGGCCGAACACGUGUGCAGUGGUGCGGAGAAAUGACGCCAGCUCCCAAGUUGCGGCUCAUUGGAGGAGAUCCGACCAUAUAUUCAAAUUCGACGAGGCCGAAGUUCUCACAAGAGGUAACAACCGCCUGAGCCGGGAGCUUCUUGAGUUAUGGUUUACUGGCCCCCAGUCCAUUAACAAGUGCAAUGGUCUUCCCCUUCCAUAAUCAGUGUCGAGACUUCGCCUAGGCGGAGUUAUUAGCCACGAGGGAAGCGCAAAGAUGUGCACUCCUCCGAACGCCAGGGUCAGUGGAUCAGAUGGUCGAGCAAUCACCACACGAACAUCCAAAGCACGUGAUGAAAUUGCAGCAACUAACGACACGAAUGUCGGCCAUCAAACAGUCAACACUACAAGUGCAACGGUCCCUGAGAAAGGGAGAUCCGUGAAUAUUCAUACAGUAGAUGUGCUAACUCAUGAAAUGUCAACCAAAAUUUCGAAAUGCGUUCUCGUUUCGAAAAGAUAAAUUAAGUAGUGUUGUAAAACUAAUCAUGAUGCAGCAUAAAUCCAUAAUGAUUCGGUUACCUCAGGGUGUCGGGUUUCGAAGGAACGUAUUUUCGGCUGCAUACAAGUUCUAUACUCUGCAAAAAUGACUACUUAUGUAGCAUGCAAUUUUCUCAUUGAUUUUCGAUGCCCUUGAUAAUUCAAUUAUAAUUUAUUGAAAACAUGCAUAAAACUAUUCAUUCUUUUACUCAUUGGGUAGAAAAUCACGUCUUCUUCUAAUUUCAUACCCAAAAGCAGAGUACAAUUCGGUUUUAAAGAACUUUUCUAAUUCCCGAAUAAUUUUGAACCCGACCUGCUGUUACACUUGCAUCUAGGGUUUCAAAACUACAAGCUGUAUAUUUUCCGUGUACGGAAAACCAUGCACUUCUCUAAGAUGAGGUUCAUAAAAUUAAGCAGUGGAUUUGGGCAAUAUUGUUAACUUCACAAGUCACAUUCGUAAAUGCAGAUACAUGACGUUUCAUGAACGGCCAUUUAACGGUAUUAAAAAGCCUCACAAUUAGAAAUUUUUUUUAAAACCGAAUCAUACUCUUCUUUUGAUUAUGAAAUUGGAAGAAGACGUGAUUUUCUACCCAAUGAGUAAAAGAAUAAGUAUUUUUGUGCAUGUUUUCUAGGAAAUAUAAUUGAAUUUUCAAGGGCAUCGAAAAUCAAUGAGAAAAUUGCAUGCUGCAUAAGUAGUCAUUUUUUGCAGAGUAUAGAACUUGCAUGCAGCCGAAAAUAAGUUCGUUCGAAAGCCGACACCCUGAGGUAACUGGAUCAUUAUAGAUUUAUGCUGCAUCAUGAUUAGUUUUACAACACUACUUAAUUUAUCUUUUCGAAACGAGAACGCAUUUCGGAAUUUCGGUUGACAUUUUAUCAGUUAGCCCACCUGUUGUAGAUCGGAAGAACUGAAUCCUGACUGGAAUGCUUAAAAAUACCGUCGCGAGACAGGGCUGAGGUGUACUCAAAGCAAUUGGGUAAACUCAUGAUCUAGGCGUAAUUUAAUGAAAGGCGCUAACCGGUCAGAAACCGGCCUUGACCAGAAUUCCAACCAUAAUAAUUUAUCAGAUUGAGUCCCAGAAGGAGCAUUGACAAUACUAGUACGUUGGUUACAAAUAACAGAUUUCUUAGGAAAACCGCAAACCUCCAAAUUCUUGUCAAGUGAGUAGAUUUGGUCUGCAGAAAUAAAUAAAAACCUGUCUAGUCAAAUAAAUCGUUAGAUUAGACGACACAGGUUUUUUUGCGAGCAUCUGCUUAUUUUCGACAAAGUAACACAAGUUAACUAAACUAAUUAAAAAAACGCGGGAAAUUCGAAAAUUUGAGUCGUAUUCAUCUUCCUUUCGACCAACUCGGCUCCCGCCGACACUAAUAUUACCAACGCGCCUCCGCCCACAUUAGCCUUUAUUACAUGACUAGAUUGAUACUGACUGCCUCUAAUUGUCCUUGUAUUUUUGUUAAAUAUGAACAUCCCUGGAAAUUUUGAAUUAUCCAGAUGUUUCAGUUAGCUUUAUUUAGGCUCCGCCAUGAUGAGAAUUCACCGGGGCGAAACGAAUGCUUGCCAAAUUGAGGCCUACAUUCUGCUGUAAGGAUUUUCGCGUCAUCUAAACAGUGUGUGUAAAGUUAUUUUUAACGCAAGUAUUGCAUAAAUAUUGAUGUGAUAUGCAACACGUCAACUUACAAGAUUUACGAUGUUGAUGUGUUUCGAGAAAGAAGUCAGUAAAAUUCUAUGUUUCAGGUAUUGCAUAGUUCUAGAUGUAUUUGACUAGGACGACGAUUUUCUUGAAUUCUUUUACAAACAAGUGAUAUACAGGAAUAAGUUUAUUAGCAAGGCUACAUGUCAUAGACAAAGAAAUCGAAAUAUAUGUAAUUAGUACCUGCAACCACAAGGGCGACAUUUCCUGUGGAACAAAAGAAAUUUUUCUUGCAAAAUCGUCAAGUGCUUCCUGGCGACAGUGGAGCCAGUUGAAUUCCCUGACGUCCUUGAAGUGUCAGGGAAUAAUUUGAGCAUUUCCGAGUUCUCAUUUGACUUCCCGAAAUUACAGACUGUGUAUUUUGUGUCUGUAAAAGCCUUCUAAAUCAGGCAGUCCUUAGAAGCUUUUGAUGAGUUCUCGGAGGUUAUUUUUCAUGCAAAUGAGGGGUUGGGCCGCAUUUGUAGGCUCGCUUAAUUAUACUACAUAAUCGAGAAAGAAAAUGAGGUUCAACGACAAACGUCUGCGUAGAAUAUGCCUUGAAUCAACCGAAAGAGCUCCUAUCAAAUACCUUACAAAAAUACUUUGUUGGGAUAUUUCACUGAUGAAAAGCCACGUCCCUCACGUCUUUUUCAAAGUAGCGUCAGCGAAAAAAUUAAAAUAGUCUGUUUGCUACUGCUGAAAAUAUUUUCGCCAUGAACAGCACAGCUAUUAUUUCAGUGUUUGCUCAAACCACUUUCCUCACAGCUGUUUGCAUACACGUCCCUACUUACAACUGUAGAUAUAUCACAGAAUUGUUUAAUAAAUAAUAAAAUAUUGCUCAACUGCCAAUGUUCUGCCCCCUGGUAUUACCAAACUACCUAUUGUGAGGAAUGUGACUGCACAAAAUUAUCCCAGCGUAUGCUAAAAAUCAAAAUGCCGGGAAAGAUGGGUCACUUGAGGGAUACUUGCACGUGCGUGGAAAUCGCUGGUACGUUAAAACUAAACACUGCCUUUAGAAGUUACUACUGAAUUUUAGGACUUAUAUAAACUCAUAUAGAUUUAUUGAUCGGCGCUUACAAAAGGGUAGACUCCGUUUGCCUGAGUAUGGCUGUGUUAUACACACAUUCCCUAGCCAAAGUAAGCAUUUUUAAGCUAGCGAUGAUAGGUUUAACAAUGUUCUAUGAUAGAUAAGCAGCGAUGGUAUAGUCUUAGAGUGUUAGCGGCAAGAGAAAUGGUCUUAACAAUGAUCUUAACCCCAAAUCAUGGAGUCUUUCGUUGAUAAAAUAGCUUUUGUGCACGUUUCGUCUAAGAGCAAAGCCCCUUCCAAGCGAGGUAUUCGGCUAAGCAAAAUGUAUAACGUUAGAAAUCUCGUACAUUUAUCACGUAAGUCCUGAUUGGUAUGCUUCCUGCUUCUCUCGUUUUCAUACUUGAUCAUUUUUUUCGUCUUCCCUAAAGGUACAAACUAUCAAGCGGCUGUGGGCAGAUGCAAGUUCGGCAAUUUGUCAUGAAUCGCCUUAUCUGUUUUCCUCGAUGGCGACGGAGGAUUCAUGUUGGAACGGCACUGCAAUCGGACCGUGA